AUGGCGACCUUCCCGGAGUUUAUUGCCCAGAAUGAGGAGCGUGAUGGGGUGCGUUUCAGCUGGAACGUCUGGCCCUCUAGUCGUCUGGAGGCCACCCGCAUGGUGGUCCCCGUGGCCUCAUUGUUCACCCCCCUGAAGGAGCGCCCAGACUUGCCCCCCAUCCAGUAUGAGCCUGUGCUGUGUAGCAGGGCGACCUGCCGCGCUGUCCUCAACCCGCUCUGGUAAGUGAGACAACAAUCCUUUUUCACUUUAGUAUUUUUCACGUUUCAAAUAAAGCAGAUAUACACUACACUCGGUGGCCCAUUUAUUAGGUACACCCAUCUAGUACUGGGUUGGACCCCCCCACCCCCCUUUGGCUCCAGAACAGCCUGAAUUAUUCGGGGCAUGGAAACGUUGCUCAAUUGGUAUCAAGGGAUCUAAUGUGUGCCAGGAAAACAUUCCCCACACCAUUACACCACCACCACCAGCCUGUACCAUUGACACCAGGCAGGAUGGGGCCAUGGACUCAUGCUGCUUAUACCAAAUCCUGACUCUGCCAUCAACAACAGGAACCGGGAUUCGUCGGACCAGGCAAUGUUUCUCCACUCCUCAAUUGUCCAGUUUUGGUGAUUGCGUGCCCACUGGAGUUGCUUCUUCUUGUUUUUAGCUGAUAGGAGUGGAACCCGGUGUGAUCAUCUGCUGCAAUAGCCCAUCCGUGACAAGGACCGACUGUGCGUUCUGAGAUGCCGUUCUGCACACGCCUGUCGUUUGCCGCUGUUAUUUGCCUGUUUGUGGCCCACCUGUUAGCUUGCACGAUUCUUGCCAUUCUCCUUAGACCUCUCUCAUCAACGAGCUGUUUUCGCCCACAGGACUGCCGCUGAAUGGAUGUUUUUUGUUUGUCGCACCAUUCUCGGUAAACCCUAGAGACUGUCGUGCGUAAAAAGCCCAGGAGGCCGGCCGUUUCUGAGAUAUUGGAACCAGCGCGCCUGGCAUCGACGAUCAUUCCACGCUCAAAUUCGUUUAGGUCACUCGUUUUGCCCAUUCUAACGUUCAAUCAAACAGUAACUGGAUGCCUGUCUGCUUUAUAUAGCAAGCCACGGCCACGCGACUCAUUAUCUGUAGGAGCUAACUAUUUUUGUGAACAGGGUGGCUUUCCUAAUAAACUGGCCACUGAGUGUAUAAAUGCCUUGUACAUUUUGGUGAUUGUGCUCCAAAUCUUUUGUAUUUUUCACUGGAACAAAGCAGCAUUCCCUAUUCCAGGGGUCUCCAACAGGUCGAUCACUAGCUACCAGUAGCUCGCAGACCACCUAUGAGUAGCUUGCCAAGCAAUUCUGAAAGUACAUGCAAUUUUGUCAUAAACAAACUGUCAUAAACAAAUCUACCAAGUAUCAAGACACCAAAAACUCCCAGCUACUAUCUAACCAACGCAACAUUGACAUUAUCCCACCACUGGUUAGCCACUAUUGGCUUAUAAAGCCAAUAUCUGCCAAUUAAUUUCCAGCAAUAUUGUCCCUUUCUGUCUGUGUAGUGCAGGCGUUUGUCUAUCACUCCAGGUGUAGCCAGUAGGGAUGGGUCGUUCGCGAACGAACUGCUCUUUUUGAACGGCUCUUUUUGGUGAACGUCGGGGACCAAAUCCCUGAUUUGCAUACUUUUUCUAUUGCUUUUUGAGCUCCAGACAUCGAUUAUCUGCAGAUAAAUUAUAAAAACAUUCUCUGAAGAUGGUAAUUCCUCAGUGCAGAAACAAUAUAGUGAGGAGAGUGCCUCAUUCUGUUCCACACUAAUUUCUUUAGUCUGUAAAAUUUGGCUCCCAAGAGCCGUUUGGGAGCCAAAUGAUCCGGCUCACAGAAAAUACUCGGAAUGCCCAUCACUAGCAGUUGAUGUGAUAACCGUCUUGUGGGUUGACAGAAAAACUUUCCCCAAAACCUUCUCAAUUAAAUGUUAAAUGCAAAGUAGGCUUCCCUGGCAAAAGUAUAUCAUGAGUAAAUAUAUCAUUUGUAUCUAUUUGUUAUUUGCAAACCUUGCCAUGAAGUGAGCAGCAGCAGUACAGAACCAUCGCUAGACGGCACAUUAGAUGACACACUAGAUGCGCAAUUAAAGGGGAAUUGUUUUUUUCCAGACCCCCUUCUCAUGUGAUUUAAGCAUUGACAUCGACUCGGAACAUCCAAUUUUGUUUUUUCUCUAAGAACAAUUGUAAUUUUGAGAGUGAAAUAAAUUAAAUCUAAAACCAGGAAAAAUAAAACUGAGAGCAUCAUUUGGGGAGAAAAAAACACAGAUUUUAUAGGGCCCCCUUAGAGUUUUUUUAAUUAAUCAUUAUUUUACCUGGUACAGUACCAGUCAAAAGUUUGGACACACCUACUCAUUCAAGGGUUUUUCUUUAUUUUUACCAUUUUCUACAUUUUAGAUUAAUAGUGAAGACAUCAAUACUAUGAAAUAACACAUAUGGAAUCAUGUAGUAACCCAAAAAGAGUUAAACAAAUACAAAUAUAUUUUAGAUUCUUCAAAUAGCCACCCUUUGCCUUGAUGACAGCUUUGCACACUCUUGGCAUUCUCUCAACCAGCUUCACCUGGAAUGCUUUUCCAACAGUCUUGAAGGAGUUUCCACGUAUGCUGAGCACUUGUUGGCUGCUUUUCCUUCACUCUGCGGUCCAACUCAUCCAAAACCAUCUCAAUUGGGUUGAGGUCAGGUGAUUGUGGAGGCCAGGUCAUCUGAUGCAGCACUCCAUCACUCUCUUUCUUGGUCAAAUAGCCCUUACACAGCCUGGAGGUGUUGGGUCAUUGUCCUGUUGAAAAACAAAUGAUAGUCCCACUAAGCGCAAACCAGAUGGGAUGGCGUAUCGCUGCAGAAUGCUGUGGUAGCCAUGUUGGUUAAGUGUGCCUUGAAUUCUAAAUAAAUCACAGACAGUGUCACCAGUAAAGCACCAUCACACCUCCUCCUCCAUGCUUCACGGUGGGAACCACACAUGCGUAGAUCAUCUGUUCACCUACUCUGCGUCUCACAAAGACACGGCGGUUGGAGCCAAAAAUCCAUUCAUGUGGCAGUCCUCAUGAGAGCCAGUUUCAUCAUAGCGCUUUAUGGUUUUUGCGACUGCACUUUCAAAGUUCUUGAAAUGUUCCGAAUUGACUGACCUUCAUGUCUUAAAGUAAUGAUGGACUGUCGUUUCUCUUUGCUUAUUUGAGCUGUUCUUGCCGUAAUAUGGACUUUUACCAAAUAGGGCUAUCUUCUGUAUACCACCCCUACCUUGUCACAACACAACUAAUUGUCUCAAAUGCAUUAAGAAGGAAAGAAAUUCCACAAAUUAACUUUUAACAAGGCACGCCUGUUAAUUGAAAUGCACUCCAGGUGACUACCUCAUGAAGGUGGUUGAGAGAAUGCCAAGAGUGUGCAAAGCUGUCAUCAAGGCAAAGGGUGGCUACUUCUGUGGUCCUCUGUAGCUCAAUUGGUAGAGCAUGGCGCUUGUAACGCCAGGGUAGUGGGUUUGAUCCCCGGGACCACCCAUACGUAAAAAUGUAUGCACACAUGACUGUAAGUCGCUUUGGAUAAAAGCGUCUGCGAAAUGGCAUAUUAUAUUAUUUAUAUAUUAUUAUAUUAUACUUGGAAGAAUCUGAAAUCUAAAAUAUAUUUUGAUUUGUUGAACACUUUUUUGGUUACUACAUGAUUCCAUAUGUGUUAUUACAUAGUUUUUAUGUCUUCACUAUUAUUCUACAAUGUAGAAAAUAGUAAAAAUAAAGAAAAACUCUGGAAUGAGUAUGUGUGUCCAACCUUUUGACUGGUACUGUAUAUUGACAGAAAACAUAGUGUACAAUAGAAAGUAGUGCACUAAGAACCCGGGGAAGAGUUGUAGAGGAGAGGAGAAGAAAGCGCCAAUUUAAAAGCUAGACAAAAAUGAGUAGGUCACAAAGUUUCAUUUUGUAAAAUUAGCACUCAUGCUAGAAAAGGUUGGAGACCCCUGCCCUAUUCUAUUUUUCCUCAUUCAUGACUUAUAGCCUACUCCUCAAUUUGUAGCCUAACUGUAAUCAGGUGAUUUGCACAUAUCCUCAGUCUUCAGAAGGUUCACAUGUACUGUUUAAAUAAUUGUAGCCUGGGGGCAUUUCCAUCUAAAAGGACCCAUGACCACCAACAUGUGAAGUUCAUAGGAGCAUGUCAAAUUGGGUUUCAAAUGAAAGCUAAGAGUCUAUAUGUUUGAGAAAUUAAGGCAUAUAAAAAUGUGGAAUAAGCAAAGGCUUUGAUUUCUGGUCAAAAAUAAAGAAAAGGGGUCUACCAGAAAGUCUUAAAAGGUAUUAGAAAUACAUCAAAACACAAUAAUGUUGAAGUAAAGACCCCUCCCAACUGAUAUCAACUCUUAUAUUUAGUUUUGGAUAAAUUAUUUGCCUUCUGUAAGAUUAAGAAACAUUGCCUUGUGCUUUGUAAUUCCGUUACCAAAAACCCACAUCUUUAAGAUAUUUCCUAAUUUCUAUCCCUCGUGAGGAGGGAGGAUAAUGAAAGUUCACAGAAGUAACAAGUAAAGGUAGACCUACCAAUUUAGUUAUAGUGUUUUUACUGAAAUCAAAGUUUGUUUAUGAAUUAUUAAUUGAUUAAAACUCGUAAUUCUGUUACCAAAUCAGUAACGGAAUUACUGCAAUUGAAUUAGCUACAAUGGGAAAUCAUAGUAGUCACAAACCACAGUUAGGUCACCUGCUACUGUCCUCACUUCCACUGGCAUACUGUUAUGUUCAGCUCAUAGGGUCACCUGCUACUGUCCUCCCUUCCACUGGCAGACUGUUAUGUUCAGCUCAUAGGGUCACCUGCUACUGUCCUCCCUUCCACUGGCAGACUGUUGUGUUCAGCUCAUAACAGUUUUUUUCUUCUCUUUCUGUCGUCUGGUUGUCAAAGCAAGACUGUGAAAAGAGUCUGUACAACCCUUCCCUCCCUCUCUCUCUGCCGCUCUCUCUCUUUUCUCUCCAUUUAAUGUCACCUCUCCCGGCUCUUUCUGACAGUGGUUCGAAAACCUUGGGCCGCGGGGGGCUGAUGUGGUCUUGUUUGGGGGAUGAGCUCAUUACAAUAAUAGCCAGUGUGUAGAAUAAUACCCAAAUAUGCAAAAGAAGGAUAUUGCAUAUUUCUACCUUUUUGUGUACCUAUUCAGGAUACAUCACCAUGAAGAGAAGGAUAUUCAUAUCCAUAAUUAUGCAUUUCUGUAUAGUACAGAUCAGGGAACCAUGAUGUCUUUCGGUUACUGUAAUUCUAUUACCGGAUGUCAACCCACUUCACCUACUAGUUGAAUAACCAAAAUAAUGUAUAUUUUUUCAAACUCAAUGUGUCAUGCCAUAGCUGACACCCCAUUCUUUCUGCAGACAUCUUUGAAUCGUAAUUCAGAGCAGAUAUUUAAGAGCUUUUGGAAAACGUGGGUCGCAUAAAAAAUGGAGGGACAUUUUACCGUAAUUCCGUUACCAAACUUUGCAUCUGCACAGUUCUUCCAGUAAAUGUGUUUGUGAAUUUUUCUGUGUACAUUUUUCUUCGUAGUCCUUGUGCAUGGAGUUGUAUUGUUUGUUAAACUUAGAAAUCAAUGUUUAUUGUUGAAAAAUAUGAGUCAAAGCGUAAUUCUGUUACCAUGGAAUGGUCCCUUAACUGUGUGGUCAUUCUCUCACAGAUUUGUACCACUCUUAUCAAUUUGUGUCUUGUUAGCAGUUGAUGUUAUUCUUCAAUAACACAGACCCCAAAUCAAAUCAGAGGGAGAAAAAUGUAUUUAUUAAAAGAGAACAAAUCAUAGUUGUUAUGCUGGAAAGUAGAUGGUAGAUGUUCAUUCUUCCCUGUCCUCAAUGUUUCUCCACUGAACAAAGAGACAGGAUGUAGUUUAUAGCCUCAAGCCUAGCAUGUGGCUGACCAAUUAGAAUUCCUUGCAAUACAAUUGGGCCAAUGGCCAAACCCCCAAGUAUCCUGUUUCAGGCUCAAUGUAUAGACAAUUUGGACCAAUGAGAACUUGCCACAUGUAGCUGAGUCCCUGGUUGGAACCCCUACACAGAUUCUAAACAAUGUUGAACUGAAAAACAACUAUUUCCAUUGAUCGUUAAUUCCCUCUUGACCUUUAGUCCUCUGCGUUGUGUAUUUAUCUUCAAAUAUUCUUACACUCUCAACCUAGCCAAGUGGAUUACGGAGCCAAACUGUGGGCUUGCAACUUCUGCUAUCAGAGAAAUCAGUUUCCACCUACCUAUGCUGGGAUAUCAGAGGUCAACCAGCCAGCUGAGCUGCUGCCACAGUUCUCCACCAUUGAAUAUGUUGUCCAGGUAAGGUUUCUAUUUGAUCGAUGCUGGAUUCUCGAAUUGUUAUACAGUAUUUUGAUUUAUCUCAAUUUGAUCCGUUUUAUAGUAGUGUUCAACAGCAUUCAGAUCAGAUCUCAUCUUUCCUACAAAUGUGUGUUAUUUCGUUUUCAUAUAGUACAUUAAAACAAGGCCUAUGAUGGAUAUCUCACACACCUUGUUCAUUUUACUUGAAAACCAUUUUGUCCUUUUUUAUUAGUCCACCUUAAAAUGAGUUUACUAUCCCCCUGGCCCCCACAGAGAGGUGAAAAUGAAACCGUCACUCAUCUGUUGGAUUCUAGCAUCCUUUCACUGUUUUAUGCAAUAGGAUAGUUGACCAGGUUCUCUCUCUUUACCCUGCAGAGAGGUCCCCAGAUGCCUCUGGUCUUCCUGUACGUGGUGGACACCUGCAUGGAGGAUGAAGACCUGCAGGCCCUGAAGGAGUCCUUACAGAUGUCCCUGUCCUUGCUGCCUCCUGCGGCCCUGGUGGGCCUCAUCACCUUCGGACGCAUGAUCCAAGUCCAUGAGCUGGGCUGCGAUGGCAUCUCCAAGAGCUACGUCUUCAGAGGAACCAAAGACCUUAACGCCAAGCAGCUGCAGGAGAUGCUGGGCUUGACCAAACCCACUGCUGCACAGGCAGGACGGGGACCACAAGCUCCACAGCCCCCCCUCUCCAACAGGUAAACCACUCUACAAAGAUACAGUCUACAGCAUUGUAUAGACAUUGUAUACUGAACAAAAAUAUAAACGCAACAUGUAAAGUGUUGGUUUCAUGAGCUGAAAUAAAAGAUACCAGACAUUUUUCAGACCAUGAAAAGCUUAUUUCUCUCAAAGUUUGUGCGCACAUUUAGUUACAUCCCUGUUAUUGAGCAUUUCUCCUUUGCCAAGAUAAUCCAUCCACCUAACAGGUGUGGCAUAUCAAGAAGCUGAUUAAACCGCAGGAUCAUUACACAGGUGCACCUUGAGCUGGGGAAACUAAAAGGCCACUCUAGAAUGUGCAGUUUUGUCACACAACACAAUGCCACAGAUGUCUCAUGUUUUGAGGGAGCGUACAAUUGACAUGCUGACUGCAGGAAUGUCCACCAGAGCUGUUGCCAGAGAAUUGAAUGUUAAUUUCUCUACCAUAAGCCGCCUCCAACGUAGUUUUAGAGAAUUUGGCAGUACGUCCAACAGGCCUCAAAACCUCAGACCACAUGUAACCACGCCAGCCCAGGACCUCCACAUCCGGCUUCUUCACCUGUGGAAUCGUUUGAGACCAGCAACCUGGACAGCUUAUGAGGAGUAUUUUGUGUCUGUAAUAAAGCCCUUUUGUGGGGAAAAACAUAUUCUGAUUGGCUGAGCCUGGCUCCCCAGUGGGGCUUAUGCCCUCCCAGGCCCACCCAUGGCUGCGCCCCUGCCCAGUCAUGUGAAAUCGAUAGAUUAGGGCCUAAUUUAUUAAUUUAAAUUGACUUAUUUCCUUAUGUGAACUGUAACUCAGUCAAAUCAUUGAAAUUGUUGGAUGUUGCAUUUAUAUUUUUGUUCAGUAUAGUACCUUUUUGAUUGUGGUCUGUAGAUUGGUUGACUUGACUGAUUUAUUGAUUUAUUGAAUGCAUAAGAAAAAAAUACACAUACAGCCGCACACCAAUGCAUUGGCAGUACGUACACAAAAUAAGUAUAAUGUUAGGACUUAUUUCAAUUUUCUUGUGUUGCCUAGAUUCCUACAGCCUGUCCAGAAGAUUGACAUGAACCUGACAGACCUGCUUGGAGAGCUCCAGAGGGAUCCCUGGCCUGUCACUCAGGGCAAACGGCCCCUCCGCUCGUUAGGGUCGGCCAUGUCCAUCGCUGUUGGCUUGCUGGAGGUUAGACCUGGACAUACAUAUAUACUGCCUCACUGCAGACCUGGGUUCAAAUAGUAUUUUAAAUCUUUCAAAUACUUUGGCUUGAUUAAUAGAUUUUUCCUGGCACAAUGGCACCAAUAUAAUAGUUAUCUGGCAUCCUAGGCAGACUCAAGCAAGAGCUUUCAAAGUGUUUGAAAGAUUUUAAAUACUAUUUAAAACCAGGUCUGUUCAUAUUUGUCAUUGGAAUAUAAUGGUACAUAUUUUUAAUAUUACCGUUUCGUCUGAUCAGCCCCCACACACUACUUCAAAUUCAUAUUUCCCUGUGUUCCUCUGUAUGAAGUGGGAUUUGUAAGAUGUAUAAACCUAUUACGCCGUGGAAUGGGGCAGGAUUGUUUACUCAGCUUCAUAGAAAUGUUUUGUAAUAAAAUGUCCCUUUUUUUCCACCAUCCAUUCUCCUUCCAGUGCACCUUCCCUAACACUGGGGCACGCAUCAUGACCUUCAUCGGUGGACCAGCCACUCAGGGCCCAGGCAUGGUGGUAGGAGAUGAGCUAAAGACCCCUAUUCGAUCCUGGCACGACAUUGAGAAGGACAACGCCAAGUUCAUGAAAAAGGGGACCAAAGUACGUUUUGGGUCAACCUUUGACUGUUCACUUUGCCUGUUAUUUACAGUGGGGGAAAAAAAGUAUUUAGUCAGCCACCAAUUGUGCAAGUUCUCCCACUUAAAAAGAUGAGAGAGGCCUGUAAUUUUCAUCAUAGGUACAUGUCAACUAUGACAGACAAAUUGAGAAAAAAAAAUCCAGAAAAUCAUAUUGUAGGAUUUUUUAUGAAUUUAUUUGCAAAUUAUGGUGGAAAAUAAGUAUUUGGUCACCUUCAAACAAGCAAGAUUUCUGGCUCUCACAGACCUGUAACUUCUUCUUUAAGAGGCUCCUCUGUCCUCCACCCGUUACCUGUAUUAAUGGCACCUGUUUGAACUUGUUAUCAGUAUAAAAGACACCUGUCCACAACCUCAAACAGUCACACUCCAAACUCCACUAUGGCCAAGAUCAAAGAGCUGUCAAAGGACACCAGAAACAAAAUUGUAGACCUGCACCAGGCUGGGAAGACUGAAUCUGCAAUAGGUAAGCAGCUUGGUUUGAAGAAAUCAACUGUGGGAGCAAUUAUUAGGAAAUGGAAGACAUACAAGACCACUGAUAAUCUCCCUCGAUCUGGGGCUCCACGCAAGAUCUCACCCCGUGGGGUCAAAAUGAUCACAAGAACGGUGAGCAAAAAUCCCAGAACCACACGGGGGGACCUAGUGAAUGACCUGCAGAGAGCUGGGACCAAAGUAACAAAGCCUACCAUCAGUAACACACUACGCCGCCAGGGACUCAAAUCCUGCAGUGCCAGACGUGUCCCCCUGCUUAAGCCAGUACAUGUCCAGGCCCGUCUGAAGUUUGCUAGAGUGCAUUUGGAUGAUCCAGAAGAGGAUUGGGAGAAUGUCAUAUGGUCAGAUGAAACCAAAAAAAACUCAACUUGUCGUGUUUGGAGGACAAAGAAUGCUGAGUUGCAUCCAAAGAACACCAUACCUACUGUGAAGCAUGGGGGUGGAAACAUCAUGCUUUGGGGCUGUUUUUCUGCAAAGGGACCAGGACGACUGAUCCGUGUAAAGGAAAGAAUGAAUGGGGCCAUGUAUUGUGAGAUUUUGAGUGAAAACCUCCUUCCAUCAGCAAGGGCAUUGAAGAUGAAACGUGGCUGGGUCUUUCAGCAUGACAGUGAUCCCAAACACACCGCCCGGGCAACGAAGGAGUGGCUUCGUAAGAAGCAUUUCAAGGUCCUGGAGUGGCCCAGCCAGUCUCCAGAUCUCAACCCCAUUGAAAAUCUUUGGAGGGAGUUGAAAGUCCGUGUUGCCCAACGACAGCCCCAAAACAUCACUGCUCUAGAGGAGAUCUGCAUGGAGGAAUGGGCCAAAAUACCAGAAACAGUGUGUGAAAACCUUGUGAAGACUUACAGAAAACGUUUGACCUGUGUCAUUGCCAACAAAGGGUAUAUAACAAAGUAUUGAGAAACUUUUGUUAUUGACCAAAUACUUAUUUUACACCAUAAUUUGCAAAUAAAUUCAUUAAAAAUCCUACAAUUUGAUUUUCUGGAUUAUUCUUUCUCAUUUUAUCUGUCAUAGUUGACGUGUACCUAUGAUGAAAAUUACAGGCCUCUCUCAUCUUUAAGUGGGAGAACUUGCACAAUUGGUGGCUGACUAAAUACUUUUUCCCCCCACUGUAGAUGGGUUUACCAUGAUCUGAACUUUUUUCAGGUCUGUUGCCACUGUCUGUGAAUGGUGAUGAAGUAGUGUGUUACAGCACAUUAAAGUGAGACAACCAGUUAAUGGCUAGAUGUGUGUUUUAGCAUAACAAAAAUACAAACAGGCAAUACCUUUUUCUAUAUAUUAUAUUAAGGGAUUUUCUGCCCUUGAGAUCCUUGGGGGGGGGGGGCCUCCUAAGCGUUUUUUCGGGCCGCCUAAAUCCAAACCAUGUAAAAAAAUAUAUAUAUAUACACUACCGGUCAAAAGUUUUAUAACACCUACUCAUUAAAGGGUUUUUCUUUAUUUUUACUAUUUUCUACAUUGUAGAAUAAAAGUGAAGACAUCAAAACUAUGAAAUGACACAUAUGGAAUCAUGUAGUAACCAAAAAAGUGUUAAACAAAUCUAAAUAUAUUUUAAAUUUGAGAUUCUUCAAAUAGCCACCCUUUGCCUUGAUGACAGCUUUGCACACUCUUGGCAUUCUCUCAACCAGCUUCACCUGGAAUGCUUUUCCAACAGUCUUGAAGGAGUUCCCACAUAUGCUGAGCACUUGUUGGCUGCUUUUCCUUCACUCUGCGGUCCGACUCAUCCCAAACCAUCUCAAUUUGGUUGAGGUCGGGGAAUUGUGGAGGCCAGGUCAUCUGAUGCAGCACUCCAUCACUCUCCUUCUUGGUAAAAUAGCCCUUACACAGCCUGGAUGUGUGUUGGGUCAUUGUCCUGUUGAAAAACAAAUGAUAGUCCCACUAAGCCCAAACAAGAUGGCAUAUCAAUGCAGAAUGCUGUGGUAGCCAUGCUGGUUAAGUGUGCCUUGAAUUCUAAAUAAAUCACAGACAGUGUCACCAGCAAAGCACCAUCACACCUCCUCCUCCAUGAUUUAUGGUGGGAAAUACACAUGGGGAGAUCAUCCGUUCACCCACACUGCGUCUCACAAAGACACGGCGGUUGGAACCAAAAAUCUCCAAUUUCUACUCCAGACCAAAGGACACAUUUCCACCGGUCUAAUGUCCAUUGCUCGUGUUUCUUGGCCCAAGCAAGUCUCUACUUAUUAUUGGUGUCCUUUAGUAGUGGUUUCUUUGCAGCAAUUUGUCCAUGAAGGCCUGAUUCGCACAGUCUCCUCUGAACAGUUGAUGUUGAGAUGUCUGUUAAUAGAACUCUGUGAAGCAUUUAUUUGGGCUGCAAUUUCUGAGGCUGGUAACUCUAAUUAACUUAUCUUCUACAUCAGAGGUAACUCUAGGUCUUCCAUUCCUGUGGCAGUCCUCAUGAGAGCCAGUUUCAUCAUAGUGCUUGAUGGUUUUUGCGACUGCACUUUCAAAGUUCUUGAAAUUUUCCGUAUUGACUGACCUUCAUGUCUUAAAGUAAUAAUGGACUGUCGUUUCUCUUUGCUUAUUUGAGCUGUUUUUGCCAUAAUAUGGACUUGGUCUUUUACCAAAUAGGGCUAUCUUCUGUAUACCCCCCGCUACCUUGUCACAACACAACUGGUUGGCUCUAACGCAUUAAGAAGGAAAGACAUUUCAAAUUGAGACGGUUUGGGAUGAGUCGGACCGCAGAGGGAAGGAAAAGCAGCCAACAAGUGCUCAGUAUAUGUGGGAACUCCUUCAAGACUGUUGGAAAAGCAUUCCAGGUGAAGCUGGUUGAGAGAAUGCCAAGAGUGUGCAAAGCUGUCAUCAAGACAAAGGGUGGCUAUUUGAAGAAUCUCAAAUAUAAAAUAUAUUUAGAUUUGUUUAACAAAUUUUUCGUUACUACAUGAUUCCAUAUGUGUUAUUUCAUAGUUCUGAUGUCUUCACUAUUAUUCUACAAUGUAGAAAAUAGUAAAAAUAAAGAAAAACCCUUGCAUGAGUAGAUGUUCUAAAACUUUUGACUGGUGGUGUGUGUAUAUAUAUAUACAUAUUUUUUUAUAAUAUAAUAUUUGAGAACUAACAAUAACCAUAAAAGCUAGAAAGUUAAUUAGAAUUAAAAAUUCCUCAAACAAUGAAUUUAGCAGAAUUUAUUUUGUUAUUAUGUUUGAGAAAAAGAACACAGCAUUAGCCAUGGCAAAAUGAAUAGAAUUGCAGGAAAUUAGCUUUAAAACUGAUAAAUGUUAUCUCAGCUUCAUGGCAGAAUAUGUAGAAUCUAUGUAAAUUAGCUUUGAAACUGCAACAUUAUCUCUCGGAUCCAUGGUAAAAUGUGUAGAAUUGCAGGAAAUGUCCUUUUAAAACUGUAAACAUUUCUCUCAGCUCCAUGAAGACAUUUGUAGAAUUGCAGGAAAUUGGCUUAAAAAUUGAAAAACAUCUCUACACCACCAAGAUGGGAGGCCUCUAAAAUUCAGCCUCGCGCAGUGAGCGUAGUGGCACGCCCCCUGCCUUACACACCACCUAAGCCCCUUUCUGAUCCAGAAAAAACCCUGAUAUUGGAUCCUGUUUUUAUUCUGUAUGAAGUUGGGGUAAAACCCUUUCCUUCAUUUUCAGCAUUACGAGGCAUUGGCGAGCCGUGCCUCCACCAACGGCCACAUCAUAGACAUCUAUGCCUGCGCUCUGGACCAGACCGGACUGCUGGAGAUGAAGUGUUGUUCCAAUCACACUGGGUGAGGAUGCUCUGUCUGUCUGGUGAACACACAAGUUGCGUCCAGAAUGGCUCCCUAUAUAGUUCACUACUUUUGACUAGGGCCUACAGAGCUCUGGUCAAAAGUAGUGCACUAUAUAGGGAACAAAAUGCCAUUUGAUACGCAGAACACACACAUAUGUCAAUCUCUCUGGCUCCUCCCAUAGUAAGAGGAGAGUUUGUCCUCUUAUUUUCUCCUCCAAUGCUCUCCUCUGAGGCUUUGAGGAAGAGAAGGAAGGCGAGGAGAGAGGAGGAGGCGAGGAGAGAGGAGGAGGCGAGGAGAGACUUCUGAGAUUCACCCUAUGUACAGUGGGGGGGAAAAGUAUUUAGUCAGCCACCAAUUGUGCAAGUUCUCCCACUUAAAAAGAUGAGAGAGGCCUGUAAUUUCCAUCAUAGGUACACGUCAACUAUGACAGACAAAUUGAGAAAAGAAAAUCCAGAAAAUCACAUUGUAGGAUUUUUAAUGAAUUUAUUUGCAAAUUAUGGUGGAAAAUAAGUAUUUGGUCACCUUCAAACAAGCAAGAUUUCUGGCUCUCACAGACCUGUAACUUCUUCUUUAAGAGGCUCCUCUGUCCUCCACUCGUUACCUGUAUUAAUGGCACCUGUUUGAACUUGUUAUCAGUAUAAAAGACACCUGUCCACAACCUCAAACAGUCACACUCCAAACUCCACUAUGGCCAAGACCAAAGAGCUGUCAAAGGACACCAGAAACAAAAUUGUAGACCUGCACCAGGCUGGGAAGACUGAAUCUGCAAUAGGUAAGCAGCUUGGUUUGAAGAAAUCAACUGUGGGAGCAAUUAUUAGGAAAUGGAAGACAUACAAGACCACUGAUAAUCUCCCUCGAUCUGGGGCUCCACGCAAGAUCUCACCCCGUGGGGUCAAAAUGAUCACAAGAACGGUGAGCAAAAAUCCCAGAACCACACGGGGGGACCUAGUGAAUGACCUGCAGAGAGCUGGGACCAAAGUAACAAAGCCUACCAUCAGUAACACACUACGCCGCCAGGGACUAAAAUCCUGCAGUGCCAGACGUGUCCCCCUGCUUAAGCCAGUACAUGUCCAGGCCCGUCUGAAGUUGCAUUUGGAUGAUCCAGAAGAGGAUUGGGAAAAUGUCAUAUGGUCAGAUGAAACCAAAAUAUAUCUUUUUGGUAAAAACUCAACUCGUCGUGUUUGGAGAACAAAGAAUGCUGAGUUGCAUCCAAAGAACACCAUACCUACUGUGAAGCAUGGGAGUGGAAACAUCAUGCUUUGGGGCUGUUUUUCUGCAAAGGGACCAGGACGACUGAUCCGUGUAAAGGAAAGAAUGAAUGGGACCAUGUAUCGUGAGAUUUUGAGUAAAAACCUCCUUCCAUCAGCAAGGGCAUUGAAGAUGAAACGUGGCUGGGUCUUUCAGCAUGACAAUGAUCCCAAACACACCGCUCGGGCAACGAAGGAGUGGCUUCGUAAGAAGCAUUUCAAGGUCCUGGAGUGGCCUAGCCAGUCUCCAGAUCUCAACCCCAUAGAAAAUCUUUGGAGGGAGUUGAAAGUCCGUGUUGCCCAGCGACAGCCCCAAAACAUCACUGCUCUAGAGGAGAUCUGCAUGGAGGAAUGGGCCAAAAUACCAGCAACAGUGUGUGAAAACCUUGUGAAGACUUACAGAAAACGUUUGACCUGUGUCAUUGCCAACAAAGGGUAUAUAACAAAGUAUUGAGAAACUUUUGGUAUUGACCAAAUACUUAUUUUCCACCAUAAUUUGCAAAUAAAUUCAUUAAAAAUCCUACAAUGUGAUUUAAUGGAUUUUUUUCCCUCAUUUUGUCUGUCAUAGUUGACGUGUACCUAUGAUGGAAAUUACAGGCCUCUCUCAUCUUUAUAAGUGGGAGAACUUGCACAAUUGGUGGCUGACUAAAUACUUUUUUCCCCCACUGUAUAGUUGAACUCAUAUGAGUAUAUCUGUUUUGCAGAGGCUACAUGGUGAUGGCAGACUCUUUCAACACCUCCCUAUUCAAACAAACCUUCCAGAGGGUCUUCACCAAAGAUGUGGCUGGAGCCUUCAAGAUGGCCUUCGCUGGCACCCUGGAGAUAAAGGUAGAGCCAUUGCACAGACUGGCUGUCUGAAAUAGUACCCUUUUACCAAUAUAGUGUACUAGUAGUACACUCUUAAGGAAUAGGGUGUCAUUUUAGAUGCAGCCACUGUUACAAUAUCCACACAUACCCAAUACAUUGCUUCUACGUAGUGUGUAAGUGUGGAUAUUGGAACAGAGCGACAUGCUCUCAUGGAUAGUUGAUUCUAUCCAUAAAACUAUGUGAAAUAUCAGAUUUCUUAACUUUGCCUUUUACCAAAUAUAAUUGUGCACAAACUGCUAAUAUGUUCCAAUAUCAUCUGUCCUCCUUCAUUUCAGACGUCUCGAGAGAUCAAGAUUUCAGGAGCCAUCGGGCCAUGUGUGUCAUUAAAUGCCAAAGGACCGUGUGUGUCUGAAAAUGUGAGUCCAUGUCAAAUACAUAGAACAGUGACCUAAUAUAGUACUUUUGACCGGUCGACCCUUUUGUAACUGCAGUUGUUAAUCCAGAAUAGUGUGUGUCCUGAAUCUCUGCCGAAGGAGAUGUAACAACGUUGUUCUGUUUCUGAUCCGUUCUAGAACAAUGUCAUUCUGAUUCUGAUCCCUUCUAGAAUAAUGUAAUUCUGAUUCUGAUCCCUUCUGUUUGUUUCCUUAAAGGAAAUUGGAACAGGGGGCACCUCUCAAUGGAAGAUAUGUGGUCUUGACCAUAACACCACUCUGGCAGUGUACUUUGAGGUGGUCAAUCAGGUAUGCCUUCAUAUUACACUCUCUGGAUUGUGAUCACUAAGCUACUUUUGGCAAUAACUGCCGUAUUUUGUGUUAUAUUGCGAUCAGAAACUAAAAGCUUUUGAUUGUCAAGGUUGCUGAGUAGUCAUUUUUAUAUCACAGUAAUCUGAGAUUAGGCGAUCCACAGAGCAAUGUUCCACUUGUUCCAAAGACUCAGAUAAUUUGAUUGCACCACCAGAGGUGAACUAGCUGUUCCAUAAUGAUCUCUUCCACUGCUGUACAGUUGUGGUCAAAAGUUUUGAGAAUGACACAAAUAUAAAUUUUCACAAAGUCUCCUGCCUCAGUUUUUAUGAUGGCAAUUUGCAUAUACUCCAGAAUGUUAUGAAGAGUGAUCAGAGGAAUUGCAAUUAAUUGCAAAGUCCCUCUUUGCCAUGAAAAUGAACUUAAUCCCCAAAAAACAUUUCCACUGCAUUUCAGCCCUGCCACAAAAGGACCAGCUGACAUCAUGUCAGUGAUUCUGUCGUUAACACAGGUGAGAGUGUUGACGAGGACAAGGCUGGAGAUCACUCUGUCAUGCUGAUUGAGUUAGAAUAACAGACUGGAAGCUUUAAAGAGAGGGUGGUGCUUGAAAUCAUUGUUCUUCCUCUGUUAACCAUGGUUACCUGCAAGGAAACACAUGCCGUCAUCAUUGCUUUGCACAAAAAGGGCUUCACAGGCAAGGAUAUUGCUGCUAGUAAGAUUGCACCUAAAUCAACCAUUUAUCGGAUCAUCAAGAACUUCAAGGAGAGAGGUUCAAUUGUUGUGAAGAAGGCUUCAGGGCGCCCAAGAAAGUUCAGCAAGCGCCAGGACCGUCUCCUAAAGUUGAUUCAGCUGCGGGAUCAGGGCACCACCAGUGCAGAUCUUGCUUAGGAAUGGCAGCAGGCAGGUGUGAGUGCAUCUGCACGCACAGUGAGGCGAAGACUUUUGGAGGAUGGCCUGGUGUCAAGAAGGGCAACGAGGAAGCCACUUCUCUCCAGGAAAAACAUCAUGGACAGACUGAUAUUCUGCAAAAGAUAAAGGGAUUGGACUGCUGAGGACUGGGGUAAAGUCAUUUUCUCUGAUGAAUCCCCUUUCCGAUUGUUUGGGGCAUCCGUAAAAAAGCUUGUCCGGAGAAGACAAGGUGAGCGCUACCAUCAGUCCUGUGUCAUGCCAACAGUAAAGCAUCCUGAGACCAUUCAUGUGUGGGGUUGCUUCUCAGCCAAGGGAAUGGGCUCACUCACAAUUCUGCCUAAGAACACAGCCAUGAAUAAAGAAUGGUACCAACACAUCCUCCGAGAGCAACUUCUCCCAACCAUCCAAGAACAGUUUGGUAACGAACAAUGCCUUUUCCAGAAUGAUGGAGCACCUUGCCAUAAGGCAAAAGUGAUAACUAAGUGGCUCGGGAACAAAACAUCGACAUUUUGGGUCAAUGGCCAGGAAACUCCCCAGACCUUAAUCCCAUUGAGAACUUGUGGUCGAUCCUCAAGAGGCGGGUGGACAAACAAAAACCCACAAAUUCUGACAAACUCCAAGCAUUGAUUAUGCAAGAAUGGGCUGCCAUCAGUCAGGAUGUGGCCCAGAAGUUAAUUGACAGCAUGCCAGGGCGGAUUGCAGAGGUCUUGAAAAAGAAGGGUCAACACUGCAAAUAUUGACUCUUUGCAUAAACAUCAUGUAAUUGUCAGUAAAAGCCUUUGACACUUAUGGAAUGCUUGUAGUUAUACUUCAGUAUACCAUAGUAACAUCUGACAAAAAUAUCUAAAAACACUGAAGCAGCAAACAUUGUGAAGACCAAUACUUGUGUCAUUCUCAAAACUUUUGACCACGACUGUACUUGGCUGUUCAGAGGUACUGGAUAGAGGUGCAUCAGCAUCACUAUGCCACCAGAUGGUGUGCUCGUAUAUGAAACCACUAUGGCAUCUUUAUAAAACAUACAGUAGUAUAAGAUGGAUCUAUAAAUGUAAAUGAGAUGGUCACAUUCAUUUUAACCCAGUUAUACAAAACUGAAAGAUUACAUUUAAAUGAUUUUAGAUAGGCAGUGUUGCCAUAGGUAUAUUCAUUGAGGAAGAACACAUUUGGACAGAUAGUGAUGUUUGUAUAUGUACAGUCUGCAAUCUAGUUCAAACAUUGUAGUUCAACAUUGUAGUUCAAACAGAUAAUGGUCCAAUGCCCCUGAGUGACUGUACAAUGUGCAUUGCAAGCUAACCUUUUUUUUAGUCAGAAACAGAACAGAUAGGAUCGCUGAUAUGACAGUCUUGUUGUGUAGAUCCACUUAAGACAUAAGUGUCACAAUGACAUCCCAUUGGUCAUACUAGAAUGAUCCUUCAUAUGGUCCUUCUCUGGUGUUUAGUCCCAACCUGUAUUGUAUUUAAUUUCAUUAAUUCAUUUGUAUAUUUUUAGCCAGGAUUGUCCAUUCAGUAACAAUUGCCACUGUUUUCCAGGGAGUCCUGGGAUUCAUAAAAUCAAGUGUGUAUUUGAGUCUGUAGUCAGGCUAGUUUUCCAGACUGCUCCAUGGUGACAGAGUCCUGGUCCAGUAUAGUGUCUUUAUGAUCCUCCAUAGUCACCUCUGACAUGGACUUGGCCUCUGGUGACCCUGUUUUGGAGUUGGUUUCUGACAAGAGUGAUGGGUUGGAGAAGUUGUUAUCUUGGCUCACUAUAUCCAGUUGGAUGGCGGUGCUCUGUGGGCGGCAGUUCUUCAGAGGGCGCUGGAACAGCUGUCGUAUUUUAUUCAGGCUUUUCCGCAGAGCCGCUCUGUAGCGCCUGAGAGGGAGGGAGGAGAGAGAGGAGAGAGAGGAGAGAGAGAGAGGAGAGAGAGAGGAGAGAGAGAGCGCGAGAGCGAGAGAGAGAGCGAGAGAGAGAGCGAGAGAGAGAGAGAGAGAGAGAGAGAGAGAGAGAGAGUGAGAGAGAGUGAGAGAGAGUGAGAGAGAGUGAGAGAGAGAGAGAGAGAGAGAGAGAGAGAGAGAGAGAGAGAGAGAGAGAAAAAAAAAAAAUAACCAAGCGCCUCAUCGGCUCCACAGCUCUGCUCCAACACUGAGAAGCUAAUUUCAUAAUCUCAAGUGCUCAGCUUUUCCCCCUCACAGCAGCCGUUAUUUCGAAAUGUACUGGAGCUAGCUUCUCAAUUCCAUCAGAAUUUGUUUCAAGUGCCUAUUGAGGGACCUUCAUAUCAUCUGUACAAGAUUGAGCCUUGUUCUUGAGAUGUGGGGGAAGUUGGAGAAGUCUUUAUAUUUGUUGAAUGAGAGAGAGAACUACUCACUAUAUUAUUGAAUGACUGUUUGGGCUAUUGGCUAUUAGUGAUGUGGUGGGAAAAAUCAAUACAGUUACAUAUUAUUAUUUUGGAUGCUAUUAUCUCAAUAUUUUUGACUCCAAGUAUUGAUUUGUAGAAAUAUUAUAUACAGUGCUGUGAAAAAGUAUUUGCCCCCCUUCUAAUUUUCUCUACUUUUGCAUAUUUUUGAUACUGAAUGUUAUCAGAUCUUCAACCAAAACCUAAUAUUAGAUAAAGGGAACCUGAGUGAACAAAUAACACAACAAUUACAUACUUAUUUCAUUUAUUCCAUAAACAAAGUUAUGCAACACCCAAUGCCCCUGUGUGAAAAAGUAAUUGCCCCCUUACACUCAAUAACUGGUUGUGCCACCUUUAGCUGCAAUGACUCCAACCAAACGCUUCCUGUAGUUGUUGAUCAGUCUCUCACGUCGCUGUGGAGGAAUUUUGGCCCACUCUUCCCUGCAGAACUGCUGUAACUCAGUGACAUUUGUGGGUUUUCAAGCAUUAACUGCUUUUUUCAAGUCCUGCCACAACAUCUCAAUUGGGAUUAGGUCUAGACUUUGACUAGGCCAUUCCAAAACUACAAAUGUGUUGCUUUUUAGCCAUUUUCAUGUAGACUUGAUUGUGUGUUAUGGAUCAUUGUCUUGCUGCAUGACCCAGCUGCGCUUUAGCUUAAGCUCAGACGGAUGGCCUGACAUUCUUCUGUAGAAUUCUCUGACACAGAGCAGAAUUCAUGGUUGCUUCUAUUAAGGCAAAUCAUCCAGGUCCUGAGGCAGCAAAGCAUUCCGAAACCAUCCCCAUGCUUGACCGUUGGUAUGAUGCUCUUACUGUGGAAUGCAGUGUUUGGUUUUUGCCAGGCAUAAUGGGACCCAUGUCAUCCAGUGUAUGCCAGUUAGGCUCUACACCGGUUGUAAAGCGGAUUAAUGUGCUUCAUUUAAAGAAGUUAUUAGGCCGCUUUAGUUGUGAUACAAAACGUAUCAAACAUAUAGGCCUAUGGGCUAGGCUACAUGAGGUGUGCGACUAUGAUUUGAAAAAGUCGCCAAAGAAAAGGCGUGCGCUGUUUCUUGAUUUACUGCACACACUGGGCAUCGUUCACAAGUGAUAAUAAAUACAUCAUUCACAAGUGAUAGUAUUGUCACUCAUCAGACUAUUCUUAAUGUCAUCUUGUCUUUACAUAUAGGCCUACUAAAUAAUAUACAGUGCCUUCGGAAAUUAUUCAGACUCCUUGACUUUUUCCACAUUUUGUUACGUUACAGCCUUAUUCUAAAAUUGAUUAAAUUGUUUUUUUCCCUCAUUAAUCUACACACAAUACCCCAUAAUGAUAAAGCAAAAACAGGCUUUUAGAAAUUAUUGCACAUUUAUUACAAAUAAAAAACUGAAAAAUAACAUUUACAUAAGUAUUCAGACCCUUUACUCAGUACUUUGUUGAAGCACCUGUGGCAGCGAUUACAGCAUCGGGUCUUCUUAGGUAUGACGCUACAAGCUUGGGACACCUGUAUUUGGGGAGUUUCUCCCAUUCUUCUCUUCAGAUCCUCUCAAGCUCUGUUAGGUUGGAUGGGGAGUGUUGCUGCACAGCUAUUUUCAGGUCUCUCCAGAGAUGUUCAAUCGGGUUCAAGUCCGGGCUCUGGCUGGGCCACUCAAGGACAUUCAGAGACUUGUCCCGAAGCCACUCCUGCAUCAUCUUGGCUGUGUGCUUAGGGUCGUUGUCUUGUUGGAGGGUGAAUCUUCACCCCAGCCUAAGGUCCUGAGCGCUCUGGAGCAGGUUUUCAUCAAGGAUCUCUCUGUACUUUGCUCCGUUAAUCUUUGCCUCGAUCCUGACUAGUCUCCCAAUCCCUGCCGCUGACAAACAUCCCCACAUUUAUGAUGUUGCCACCACCAUGCUUCACCGUAGGGAUGAUGCCAGGUUUCCUCCAGACGUGACGCUUGGCAUUCAGGCCAAAGAGUUCAAUCUUGGUUUCAUCAGACCAGACAAUCUUGUUUCUCAUGUUCUGAGAGUCUUUAGGUGCCUUUUGGCAAACUCCAAGCAGGCUGUCGUGUGCCUUUUACUGAGGAGUGGCUUCCGUCUGGCCACUCUACCAUAAAGGCCUGAUUGGUGGAGUGCUGCAGAGAUGGUUGUCCUUCUGGAAGGUUCUCCCAUCUCCACAGAGGAACUCUAGAGCUCUGUUAGAGUGACCAUUAGGUUCUUGGUCACCUCCCUGACUAAGGCCCUUCUCGCCCGAUUGCUCAGUUUGGCCGGGGGGCCAGCUUUUGGAAGAUACUUGGUGGUUCCAAACAUUUUCCAUUUAAGAAUGAUGGAGGCCACUGUGUUCUUGGGUACCUUCAAUGCUGCAUAAAUAUGUUGGUACCCUUCCCCAGAUCUGUGCCUCGACACAAUCCUGUCUCGGAACUCUACGAACAAUUCCUUUUUGCUCAGACAUGCACUGUCAUAUAGACAGGUGUGUGUCUUUCCAAAUCUUGUCCAAUCAAUAGAAUUUACCACAGGUGGACUCAAUCAAGUUGUAGAAACAUCUCAAGGAUGAUCAAUGGAAACCGGAUUUACCUGAGCUCAAUUUCGAGUCUCAUAGAAAAGGGGCUGAAUACUUAUGUAAAUAAGGUAUUUCUGUUUUUUUAUUUUUAAUACAUUUGCAAAACUUUAUAAAAACCUGUUGACUGAGGUUAGAGGAAUAGAAAGCCACGGAUUUGGAGAUGAAAAUGACGAGGGUAUCAAAUUGAUUUUGAUUGGUCCAACACACGGAAACACCUUCAAAUGUUACCACCUCCCAACAGCAAAAUAUGGAAGAGAUACAACCAAGAGCUGAGCGGUCUAAACUAGCAACGGUCACAACAAACGUUCUUAUUUCAUCAACACUGUUAAGUACAAGCUUAUUAAGGUUGUAAUAUUGUAGAGAACAAUCUAAUGAUUUAUUGUAUGUGAUUCAUAAUGGCAUAGGCUAAAGAAAACAUUUAGUAGCACCCUGUUCAAUUUACCCGUAUUUCACUACAUUCUAGAGCAGUGAGUGAACGCCCUACAAUAUGUUUGGAACAUCAAAUCACAGUAUCGAAUCGCAAUACAUAUAGAAUCGUGAGAAUCGCAAUACAUAUCGUAUCGGCACCUAAGUAUGGUGAUAAUAUCGUAUCGUGAUGUCCCAGCCCUAUUGGCUAUCCCUUACAUCUGAAUCAUGGAGUUGAUCACUUCUCAAUUCCCUCUGACUUUGGGUUCAUGUGGCCAUUGAUGGACCACAAGGAUAUUGAGGGGCUUUAUAUUGAGGUAUAACAGCUUCAUAAGAUUGAGCCUUAUUCUUCUUGAGACACAGCAUUGAAAUUACUGUAUAUUGUCUGAAUGACUGUUUGUUUGGGGCUAUUAAGGGGAAGUGGAAAGGGGAUACCUAGUCAGUUGCACAACUGAAUGCAUUUAACUGAAAUGUGUCUUCCGCAUUUAACCCAACCCCUCUGAAUCAGAGAGGUGCAAGGGGCUGCCUUAAUCAACGUCCAUGUCAUUGGUGCCCGGGGAGCAGUUGUUGGCUAUUGCUUACGUCUGUGUCAUGGAGUUGAUCCAUGGGUUGAGAGCGGAGGUGAGGAGGACGAGCCAGGUAGCCACGGCUGAGGCUGCUGCUGGCGGGUCAUAGCCACUAAACGUCUCAUAGAAACAGGUGGAGAUGUAAGGCAGCCAGCACACCAGCAAGCACACUGACAAUGGAGAGAAUUUAGACAGGAGAUUAUUAGAGUAAUUAUGAUAGAAAAGUAUAUUUAUGGAGAAAUAGACAGGCAGUUAUUAGACUAAUUACGGUAACAUUACAAGAAUUCUAUUUAGUAUAUUUAUAUAUUUGCGAGACUCCAUAACAAUGAGCCUUAUUGUGAUGCAUGUAAUGGUAUUGUAGCACAUUAAUAUUAACAAAUUGAAGAAGACUGAAUUUCACCGGUUACAAAUGUAGCCUACAGAAAAAUGUAUUUAAUAACAGCCACUGAUGGACCUUGAAAUCUUAUUUGCAUUUGUCCUUACAUAAAAGGCUUUUAUUCUGUGUCUAUCUGCUCGGUGCUCAGAGUAUAUCAAAUUGUUAUAUCAAAGGCUUAUGCCUUGCUUUGUUUGAAAUAAAUUACAUAAACAAAUCGAUAGCUUCACUGUACUAUUCACAAGUUUAACCACCAAUGAGACUCACCCACAGUUGCCACCAUCACUAUGGAGCUCCUGAAGUAGUUAUUAGCAGGGACAUAAAAACAGUGCUGGUCGUUGCAAACGAACGUCCCCCGCCGCACCUGUUUCCUCGCAAUAUACACAAUGUACGCAUACAUGGAGCACAUAAUGAGUAUGGGUGCUAUGAUCCCGACCAUGAUGAAGAGCAUACUGAAGCCCCUGUAGUCUGGCUGGAAGCUGGGGCCACACAGGAACCUGGUGCUGCUGUAGGUGUAGCUGCCGAAGCCCAGCAGUGGCAAGGCUGCGUUGAUCAGGCAGUAGAGCCACACCAGGACCAGCACCACCCUGAUCCUCCUGGAUGUGCAGAUGGUGGUGUAGCUCAGGGCGAAGCAGAUCUCUGUAAACUUGUCGAUGGUGGCCCAGGUCAGGGAGUGGAUGGAGGCCAACUGAAGGAGCAGGUAGAGGAAGGCGCUGCCCUGGCAGAGGGGCCCGUCGCUGGGGUAGCCCUGCGGCCUGAACAGGCUGUUAUGGACUCCGAAGGGAAUGGUGGAGAGACCCAGGGCCAGGUCACUCAGGCAGAAGCUCAGGGUCAGCGCCCAGGUUUCGGUGCGGAGCUCCUUGUUGAGCAGAACCACCAGUAGUAGAACCACGUUACCACACACAGAGCACAGACUGGAGACCACCAUCAGAGCUGCAUAGACCAGGGCCACCGGCUGCAUCCUCAUGGCCUCCUGGUGGAAGAGAAGUCCUCCCUGUGUUGGCUGGCUGCUCACUCUCCUCUCGCCUGUUUCAGUCCAUGAGAUCUGACUGACUGGCUGUCUGGCUGACUGUCUGGCUGACUGGUGGACUGACUGGUUGGCUGACUGUCUGGCUGACUGGCCGCCCUGUGGUGUUCAGUACAAGGGCUUAGCUUGCUUCUUACUAUGCACUAUCUAUCAAGAGUGAGGAAGGGAGAGAGAAACAGUCUAGAACAACCCACUUUCAAGCACGAGAAUUUUGAGGAGUGAGCGUGAGAGAGGGAGAGAGAUGCUCUGCCUGUGUAAACAGAAGCUUGAGAUCCAAUAUCCUCUCCUCCACUCUAAUGGCUGCAGCACAGUUAAUGAGCCAUUUGACUCUGGAGUGUUGUUGGGGUUAUUGGUAAGACGCAUGCCUCUAAUUCGAUCUAAGCUCCCAAUCAUUCAUUAUGAAUGAAUUAUUAUAAAUUAUUAAGCCCCCUCAUAUCACCCAAUUGUCCAUAAGUUGUCCAUAAGGCAGUAGCAGUUAUGUGUGUGUGUUUGUACAGGGCAAACCAUUUGAAUAAAACUCACAGGCACCACCCACUUAUAUUAGCCUAGUUAGAUGGGGAAUUUAUUGGUAUCAUAUCUUGGUGUUUUUAUAACAUGUGCACAUUCAUAAUCAGAUAACCAACAGUUCUUGUCUCCUCUCAACACAGCAUAAUGCACCUAUACCCCAGGGGGGCCGCGGGGGGGUCCAGUACGUCACCCAGUACCAACACUCCAGUGGACAGAAACGCAUCCGAGUCACCACCACCGCCAGAAAGUAAAUACACACACACAUUGCAUAUUUAGCUCACUUCACAUUAAAACUUAUAAAAAUACAAACAUAUGAAUCUGGAUUUGAUUCAUCAUUCACAUCUUCUUUUCAGAGUAACUACAGACUUUAAGGUUUAUCUACCACUUUUCAUUCCACUAUGUAACUGCAUCUGCAAGCUCACCUUGUUUCCAUAGCAACGCGAUAGGGAGAGAGGGCAAAGUGUGUUUGUUGUGUGUUGUGAUCAGAGGAGGAGAUGAUCUUGGUUGUUAGUGUUAAAUGUGUAUUUAUGUAGAUUCUGGCUGAGCAGUAAUAUAGCUCUCAGUAUGGGGUUUGAUCAAUGUUGCAGUUCAUGUUUGUUAUUGAAUUUUACCUUAUGAGACCUGUGUUUAUACAAUGUUGGACAUGUGACAGGGCAGUGGCGAGUGGAAUUUUUUAUAGAUAAGCAGAGCCCCAGGCUGUUAUUAAAAGAUCAGUUCAAUUUACUUUGACUUAUAGUAUGGGGUGACUAAGGGCUUUUCAAUGCCAAAGCAACCAGAACAAAACAUCUGACAUAAUAUCCCUUAUUUAACUCAUGUAUCCGUACUAACUAUAGUACCGAUUCGUGUUGGUAGUAUCACUUGCCUUAUAACGGAGAACCUUACAACUGUGAAAUAAACAAAAGUGUUUUUGUGUCAAAUGAUAUGCAAUGCUUAUGCAGGUUGUUUCUCUCUCCUCUCUCUGUCUCUGUCUCUCUCUCUCCCUCCCGCCUCUCUCUCUGUCCCUCCCCCCUCGCUCUCUGUCCCUCCCCCCCUCUCUCUCAGCUGGGCAGAUGCAGGGACCCAGAUCCAGAGCAUUGCAGCAUCAUUUGACCAGGAGGCCUCAGCCAUCCUGAUGGCCAGACUGGCUGUGUACCGUGCUGAGACCGAGGAGGGCCCCGACGUGCUGCGCUGGCUGGACAGACAGCUCAUCCGACUGGUAAGAUAGUAUUCUCACUCGUAUUCUCAGUGCUUGCGUCCCAAAUGGCACCCUAUUCCCUUUAUAGUGCUCUACUUUUGGCCAGAGCCUUAUGACAUGGAAGAUUGGCAGGGGUCAAGGGAGGGGGCUGCUUUAUUUUCUCAUCCCCUCACAUAUUCUAUCAGCCCCAUCCCCAGAGCCUUCAUAAAUGGACCAGGAUUUUUAAACAUUGAGAUGUUGAAAUGCAACAAUAUCAUUAUUUCCUACUGCUAACCAGUGAAAGUACCAAUUUCAGGCUAGCAGGCAUGCUGAAAUAGUGUGAUGAAGUGUGACGUGGCAUUUUAUAGAUAAGUGUAGACUCAGUUGCAGGCAGGACUUUCUGGUUGGUCUCGUGUUACAUGGGCAACUUUGAAUUGGCUUUUUCUCUCUCCUUUCCAGUGUCAGAAGUUUGGAGAUUAUAAUAAGGAUGAUCCCAACUCCUUCCGCUUCUCAGAAACCUUUUCUCUCUAUCCCCAGGUAAGUGAUCAUGUGCUGAAUGGCUGAUUGGCUCUUUAGUGGAACAACACAGUUAUAGCUAGUAAACAGAUGUAUGAUAAAUAUCUUACCGCUAAAAUAUUUUUUUUAAGUAGUGUUUCGUGCUUAGCAUAAAGACUAUUUUAAAAUGCACAUUAUAGCUUUGGCAGCAUGAUGGAAUGCUUUUUAAAACAUCUCUCUGCUUUUCCUUUGUCCCUCAGUUUAUGUUCCACCUGAGAAGGUCUCCCUUCCUGCAAGUGUUCAACAACAGUCCAGAUGAGAGCUCUUACUACAGACACCAGUUCAUGCGUCAGGACCUGACCCAGUCUCUGAUCAUGAUACAACCCAUUCUCUAUGCCUACUCCUUCAACGGGCCCCCAGAGGUAAGACCAAACACACACACACACACACACCCACACAGACUGACACACACACACACACACACACACACACACACACACACAGACACGCACAAGCAUACACAGACACAUAUACAGACACACACACACAGACAGACACGCACACAGACACGCACACAGACACGCACACAAACAUAUACACACACAGACACACACAAACACAGACACAGACUAAUUUUUCCAUUGAAAAAUUAGCUUUCCUUCUUCUUUAUAAACGUAAAUCAUGGAUGCCUUGUGAAGACCUCAAUCUCUCUGACUCUCCCACCUUCCUCCCACUCACAUUCUGCAGGCAUAGCUGUGUUGCCCAGGUCAACAGAGAGUGCACAAAUGCCCCGGUUAUUUUAUUACAGAUAACCUUGUGGUUAAUUAGUGUAGCAUGUGUGAGUACAGUAGUGUGUUCCAGACCAGAGCUUCUUUCAGUGCAGAUAUCAACAGUGUGGUUUUUAACACCUUACAGACAGACAGCGUAGUACACACCUCUCUGAAAAGGGUAAGUUAUUUAACCAUAUCUGUGUCACAAAUGGAUCCCUAUUCCCUAUAUUGUGCACUACUUUUGACCAGGGCCAAUGGGGUUCUAGUCAAAAAUAGUGCACUACCUUGGAAAUAGGGUGCCUUUUGGGACUGCCUUUUGGGACUUAACCUUAGUAAUUUUAACAGUGAAACUGGCUCUGUAUCAGCUGUAAUGCAUGUAACCAGGAGACGCAGCACUUCAGGUGUUUAUUUUUUAGAUUAGCAGAGACCUAGGCUACCUCUCAAAUGGCACCCUAUUCCCUAUACUGCACUAGUUUUGACCCUAGUGCACUAUAUAGGGAAUAGGGUGCCAUUUGGGAUGCAGUUCUAAUGUUUCCACCGGCUCUGACUUUUCAUUCUUUCUACUCCUGCCUGUUAAACAUUGAAAGAGUAAUCUUCUUCUCAUCUCUGUGCCCCUUGUAAAGCAGAUGGCGUAACGUAUAAGCAGAACCACUCUAUCUGCGCUGUUUGUGGCCUUUUAAAACGGCCAACACACUAUAAAAGAUACAAGAUAUACUACUACCUGUCUGUCAAGAUCGUCCAUCUUUGUAUUUCUUUGUACCUGAGAUUGGAGUUGGUGUGUUGUGACAUUGAGAGUUUGUUUUGGAAAGGAAAAAGGCAAUAUUGUGACAUUCCUAUCAGUGUCUGGGAUUAAACUGCCCCCCCCGCUCUAUCUUCAACAAACCUGGUUUAAUCAUGUAACAGCAUUAUUGACUGGAGCUGCAUUAGAAGGAUGCCAUUUUGUUUAGAGGGCAGUGGUUUAAGACGGUGUCGCUUUUCUCGCCUUGUAGCCUGUGUUCAGUAUCCUGCCUAUAGUAUAGUUUAAAUGUGGUUUAAAUGUAAAACUGUGUUUCUUAUUUUCUCCUCCUAGCCUGUGUUGCUGGACAGUAGCAGUAUCCUUCCUGAUCGCAUCCUUCUCAUGGACACCUUCUUCCAGAUCCUCAUCUAUCAUGGAGAGGUAUGUUCAUCAUCAGUCAUCCAAUCAUAAUCAACAUACCCACUAACAGACUCCAUCAAAACAUGACUUUCCUAAUGAUCUCACCACUCACACAGCUACGAUCUCUUUACACUCAGAGAGAGGCAGCUCUAUCUAUCAGGUGAUUCUAUCGCAGGGUUCCCAACUGGUGGCCCGCAUGACAAAUUUGGCCCACGGGUGAUUGUAUUUGGCCGCCCGCAAGUUUUCUGAGAAAAAAAAAUGAAAAUUAUUGUUGGACAUAAAAGACUGUAAAAACACCAGCACAUUAGACCAAGUUAUUUUGGUUUUGGAAAUCUGUUCCAAAGUAUUCCCAUGCAUAAUAGAGAGAUGUGAUCGUAUGCCCAGCGUCGUCCAGGGUAGGGGAGGGAAUGGCCGGCAGGGAUGUAGCUCAGUUGGUAGAGCAUGGCGUUUGCAACGCCAGGGUUGUGGGUUCGAUUCCCACGGGGGGACAGAAUGAAAAAAUUUAUAAAAAUGUAUACACUCACUAACUGUAAGUCGCUCUGGAUAAGAGCGUCUGCUAAAUGACAAAAAAAUAAUUAAAAAAAAUACAUUAUCUGUUUGUCCUUCUUGCGGUCAAUUUGCAGUCUACAAAUUAUUUUGUAUUAUGUUCCGGCACCCUGACCAUCCCCUCAAGAAAAAAAUCGUCCCGUGGCUGAAUCUAGUUGAUGAUCCCUGUUCUAUGUAACACUAGAUUGAUUUCAUUUCAGGUUGCAGCCAGAUACUAUUGUCCUUGUUUGACAUUUCUGAAUAGAUUAGGGAGCAGUGGGGACUGUAAAUAAUAAAUAAUAAAUAAUAAUACCAGUGUUGCACUAGUGCAGGGAUCAUCAACUAGAUUCAGCCGCGGGCCAAUUUUUUUCUUGAGUGGGUGGUCAGGGAACAUAACUACAAAUAAUUGUAGACUGCAAGUAGCCCAAACAGAUAUAAUAUUUGACUAAAACAUAAUCAUUUCAAACCUUGCUUACAUUUGUAUGUCUGGAAGUAGCUAGCAAGCUAGCCAACGUUAGCCAGUUAGCUUGGGUGCUUGACUGCUGUUGUUAGGUCAGCUAGCUAACGUUACAUGUAUGAUGUGUAGUAAUAUUAUUCAUAUCUCAGAGCCAUUUGCUUUGCUAGUUAUAGCCUAAUGUUAGCUAGCUAACAUUGAGCCUGGUUGGUUAGCUACCUGCAGAUUCAUGCAGGGUAGUAACAUCAUGAGUUGGGAUGAUGGUUCAUUGUUUAGCUAGCUAGCUACAUGUCUUAACAAAAGACUCCACUAUGCAAGUAUCCAUUUCAAUAGAAUGUUCAUGAUGUCACUGCGACACGACAGCUGUUGAUAGACGUAGCUGGUAAAUUCGCUCUGGCUAUCUACUCCGAUUUCAGAGCACUCUCGUCUGAGUGUGCUAGAGCGCAGAAUAAUUGAUCAAUUUUCGAACGCUCAACACCCGUUGAAUAUGGCCGGUGUCAGUAAACGUUGGCAAAAAAGCGUCAUUAAAUUGUUGCCAGCAGCACAGUUGCAGUCGCCGUCGCCAACACUCUGGAUAAAAUAAAAACUGCCUAACCAGCUCUGCUAGGGCCAGUAAAAUGGUCAGAGUGAGCUGUUCUCUCAUUUGUGUCUGGAAGUAGCUAGCAAGCUAGCCAACGUUAGUCAGUUAGCUUGGGUGCUUGGCUGCUGUUGUUAGGACAGAACACUCGGAUCAACCCUUAAAAAUUACAAUAAAAACGUUUAAUUUAUUUUAUUAUAAUUAUUUUUGUUGUAUUUAUUUAUUUUUGCUCAGAAAACUUGGGGGCCAAAUAAAAUCACCCGCGGGCCACCAGUUGGGGAACCCUGCACUAGUGCAUUCACCCUGAAGUUAUAUUAUGGAAAUUGUGUUUCAAUAGGGCUGACACUGAGGACUUGUGAAGAGCAGAAUCAACAACCUCUGCAUAGUCAAAACAGUUGCUUUGUGAGAAGGUGUUAACCACUGAAGAUGUAAAACCCAUGUUCACAGUUAGCUAUUGUUAUGUAAAUGCAGCCCCUUAAAGCCCCAAUGGCCUUACCUUAGCCGCAAGUCAGGAGAGGUCCACUGAGGCCAUGUCCCAGGCUUUUUGGGGGGGUACAUCCUCAGUGGAAAUUUGCCACCUGGGUUUCCUAUUGAAAUCAAACAACAUGAGUAUAUUGUCCUUACCGGAAGACGAGGAAAAAGGAGACCCUUCCAGCUACGUGGUCAAACUGAAAUCAGAGGAACUUGACAGGGCUAUACCACCAGAAGAUCUGGAACAACGCCAUAGGAUCGGCGUGAAACAGAAGAACGCUAAAUACCCUCGCAUUGUAAUCUUCUAACUGUGGAACUAUCAGACCAAAAUAAACAUUUUGAGGACACGGGAGGAAGGGAGAUCAAAAUCCACGGCCGGUCCAUUCGUUUCGCAAGCUAGCCAACGUUAGCCAGUUAGCUUGGGUGCUUGACUGCCGUUGUGAGGUCAGAACGCUCGGAUCAACCCUACUCCUCGGCCAGAGCGUCCAGUGUGCGCUCUGAACGCUCCGAGAGCAAAAACGCUCUGAAUUUAUGAACUGACAAUCUGACAAUGCUCUGAAUUUACGAACGCCCAGAGUGCACUCUGGCACUCCAGACUGAAUUUACGAACACACCCUUGGGUAGUUAGCAUAUUGUUAAUAUACUGGCAAGUUCGAUGUAUUAGUAGCCAUUUUAACGUUAGGUAGCUAGCUAACAUACUGAUACAUACUGCUGUAAUGAUAUGCUAUGCGGUUCGUAAGGAUAGCGAAGCUAACAAAUUGUCAGCCAACAUAACGUGUAAUGUAACUUAUUUGAAAAGUCAUUACUUUAUUACAUUGCUCAACAUUUUCUUAACAUUUGUCAUAAUUAGUUAAAGCAAUGAAUUUGUAUCUGCUCUCGUCGGACUUCGCUGCAUAUUUUCCGAAAUGUUCCUCAAAUUAGAAAACGUUGUGAAGCCACACCCAUUUUCUGAAGAAUUGUAUUAUGGGCCCUAAAAGCAUGGAAAUAGUGUCCACUGUUUGUACACUUGUUAUUUUGGCGAAUGUAGUACGACAUCCGGGAACAUUUGGCAUACUAACUAUAUACAUACUAUGACCAAUAAGCAUACUACAUACUCAUUAGGGGAAAGAUAAUCUCAUACUCGCCAAAAAUUUUAUCUGAUUUAGAAAUUAAAAUUUAAGAAAAAUAUAUCACUAUUUUAGAAAAAAAAACAUUAAAAAAUCUUUACAAGGUAAAGAAUAAAAUAAUGUUUCUGAACUUAAGCAGGAAUAUGAUCUUUUACUUUUUAAGUGAGCCAACAACUACAGGUUAAACUCAAAUAAAGCAUAAUACUUAAUGGCAAAUAAACCUGGUAAACAUCUCGCAGCCCUCACAAAACAAAUACAUGCCAAACCAGUUAUAAUUUAAAAAGAUAAAGAUACAAAUGUGUUAAUUAGAACCAACGCGAUUAAUGACAAUUUUAAAAGCUUCAAUGAAAAUCUAUAUAAAUCAGAAUUAAACAAUAGUUGGAUUGAUCCUACAGCCUUCUUAAGGCAUCCGCUUGCUUCUCAGCCGAAACAGUUCGAGAAAGUUUGUGCAUAUAUUAUGACGACAUUUGGUGACGAUUUGGACGUCAGUAAGGUAUUUUUUCGGUUGUUCAUGCACACAAUUUGUUUUCUUGAGGCAAGCCGAAGUCAGUAGCCGAAAUCUACGCCCCUUCGUCGGUGAUUGGUCAACAGUAGGGAUUCUUCAGUAAAGUCUUUGUUGUCAUUCAAUGAGAGACAACUCGUUUUCCUGCAAAUUUUCUCAUUAAGAAAUACUGCACCAAACAUCUUAGUUCGGUGUCAAAUUGCACGACUAAGAUCUCUUCGGCGAAAACGUCAAAAUCAAUGACAGAUUUCUUGAGUUAUCUUAGAUGAAUUCUGACUAUUUUUAGGAAGUGUAUACUGGCUACAGUCUCUCUAAAUGGUCAAACAAUAAAUGUGGCUUUUUUAUCUUUUUUCAAGCGAAUGUCUUUUAAGGAAGUCUGCGAGCACUCUAGUUCGGAUCGGCUAGCCGCCAUCCGAACUGAAGCAUGCUGACGCCUUUAGACUUAACAACUCUGAAGCAAUUAUCAGCAGACAAAAAAUAAUCACUAAAAACAGAGAUCACCCAAAAAGAAAUAUUAGACACUGUUAAAACAUGUGCACCGAGAAAAGCACCAGAAAUGGAUGGCUUUCCCAUAUCAUUUUAUUUAACAUUUUGAGGCAAAGUAGCCCCCCUAUUUACACAAAUGACAACACACCUCACUGAAUUCAGUGCUUCCUAGUUCCAUGUAUCAAACAGUUAUUUCAGUUAUAUUAAAACCUGGAAAAUCUGGAGUGUCUCCUGCUGAUUACAGACCCAUACGUUUUUUAAAUAAAUUGUGACUAUAAAAUAAUAACAAAGCUCAUAAGCAAUAGAAUCGCAAAAGUCUUACCAGACUUGAUACAUAUCAAACAUUUUUUUUUUAAAUAGACACUUACAAAGAAAUACAUGAACAUGUUUCAGUUUAAUACAAUACGCUAAAAAACAAGAAUACAUUGAGUGUACAAAACAUUAGGAACACCUUCCUAAUAUUGAGUUGCACCCUCUUCUGCCCUCAGAAUAGCCUCAAUUCGUUGGGGCAUGGACUCCUAUAAGGUGUCGAAAGCGUUCCACAGGGAUGCUGGCCCAUGUUGACUCCAAUGCUUCCCACAGUUGUGUCAAGUUGGCUGGAUGUCCUUUGGGUGGUGGACCAUUUUGAUACACACGGGAAACUGUUGAGAGUGAAAAAACCCAGCAGCGUUGUAGUUCUUGACACACUCAAACCGGUGCGCCUGGCACCUACUACCAUACCCCGUUCAAAAGGCACUUAAAUAUUUUGUCUUGCCCAUUCACCCUAUGAAUGGCAUACAUACACAAUCCAUGUCUCACCGCUUAAAAAUCCUUCUUUAACCUGUCUCCUCCCCUUCAUCCUACACCAGUGGUCACGAACCUUAUCUGAGUCAAGAUCACUUUCUCAGUCAAAAUUCUCCUCUCUCCGCUGAGAAAAGGGGACACAGUCUUCCGACUGAUGGCGAAUUGCAUUAUUUAUGUGAUCGGGGUCCCAUAGGGCGGCGCACAAUUGGCCCAGCGUUUUCCGGGUUAAGGGAGGGUUUGGCCCGGGGGGGCUUUACUUGGCUCAUCGCGCUCUAGUGACUCCUUGUGGUGGGCCGGGCGCCUGCAGGCUGACCUCGGUUGUCAGGUGAACGGUGUUUCCUCCUACACAUUGGUGCGGCUGGCUUCCGGGUUAAGCGGGCGGUUGUUAAGAAGCGCGGUUUGGUGGGUCGUGUUUCGGAGGUUGCAUGACUUGACCUUUGCCUCCCGAGCCCGUUGGGGAGUUUCAGCGAUGAGACGAUUGAAAUUGGGGGUAAAAUACAACAACAACAAAAACACAACAAAAAAAUACAGUAGCUCUGCGGUAUUUAUUGAGUCUCUCUCUAGUCAUGGUUUUAAAAGUUAAAAAAUCUCAUAUUAUCAACUUUUCUGUGCAUUUGAGGCUUCCUUUUACAGUCUAUGGCGCGUAGAAACUGUGCAGACACGGUGAUCUGAGCUGUCUGAUUGGCCAGCGGUAGGCCUAUAGGUGCCCUUGAUUUGAUCUCUGGGCCUGCCGGGUAGGCGGAGUUCAAUCUUCAGACACAUGAAAUGGUUCAAAAUGAGAAUACUUUGCCUUCCUGGUGCUAGGGCUGCUGAAUCAAGUACACCUACCACGAACAGUGCGAAACAAAACCAAAAAAUAGGAACGCAAGGCUUUUUCGUUGGGGUAAAACUAAUUCUGAUUGGCUGAGCUUGGCUCCCCAGUGGGUGGGCCUAUGCCCUCUGUCACGAGUGUCAGUGUAAUGCGAUGGAUCGAAGUCAGGCGCAGGACACUGAACUCAAUGAAAACUUACUUUACUGAAUAAGUAAAGAAACCAAUACAAAAUACCUCCACACAGGGAGGAACAAACCCGCUCACCAAACGACACACGGGGAAAAAAAAAAAACAAGCACAAAACACAAUGGGAGCCACCGGGUUAAAUAGGGAAGGAGUAAUUACAUGAUGGGAAACAGGUGUGUGACAAUCAGACAACAACAGGUAGAACAUAGAAACAUAGAACAUAGAUCUGCAGCAGCUAGUAUUCCGGUGACGACGAACGCCGAAGCCUGCCCGAGCAAGGAGGGGCAGCCUCGGUAGAAUCCGUGACAGUAUCCCCCGACGCGCGGCUCCAGCCGUGCAUCGACACCGGCCUCGGGGACGGCCAGGAGGACGCGGUGCGGGGCGAGUCGGAUGACUGCGGUGGAAAUCCCUCAACAUGGAGGGAUCGAGGAUGUCCCUCCUAGGGAUCCAGCACCGUUCCUCCGGACCGUACCCCUCUCACUCCACGAGAUACUGCAGGCCUCCCACCCGACGCCUCAAAUCUAAGAUGGAACGGACCGAGUACGCCGGUGCCCCCUCGAUGUCCAGUGGGGGCGGAGGAACCUCCCGUAACUCAGACUCCUGGAGUGGACCAGCUACCACCGGCCUGAGGAGAGACACAUGGAACGAGGGGUUAAUACGAUACUCAGGAGGAAGCUGUAACCUAUAACAUACCUCGUUCAAUCUCCUCAGGACUUUGAAUGGCCCCACAAACCGCCAACUCAGCUUCCGGCAGGGCAGGCGAAGGGGCAGGUUUCGGGUCGAGAGCCAGACCCGGUCCCCCGGUGCAUACACCUGAGCCUCACUGUGGUGGCGGUCGGCGCUCGCCUUUUGCCGCCCGAUGGCCCGUUGCAGGCGCACAUGGGCAGCGUUCCAGGUCUCCUGCGAGCGCCGAAACCAUUCAUCCACCGCAGGUACCUCGAUCUGGCUCUGAUGCCAAGGUGCCAGAACCGGCUGAUAACCUAAUGCACACUGGAAUGGAGUAAGGUUAGUGGAGGAGUGGCGGAGUGAGUUUUGGGCCAUCUCUGCCCAGGGGAGGAAAACCGAUCACUCCCCCUGCCGGUCCUGGAAAUACGACCUCAGAAACCUACCCACCUCCUGGUUGACUCUCUCCACCUGCCCGUUACUUUCGGGGUGGAACCCUGAGGUCAGGCUGACCGAGACUCCCAGACGUUCCAAGAACGCCCUCCAGACUCUCGAGGUGAACUGGGAACCCCGAUCAGACACUAUAUCCUCCGGUACCCCAUAGUGCCGGAAGACGUGUGUAAAUAGGGCCUCGGCAGUCUGUAGGGCCGUAGGGAGACCGGGCAGAGGAAUGAGGCAACAGGACUUAGAAAACCGAUCCACAACGACCAGGAUUGUGGUGUUCCCUUGUGAGGGGGGAAGAUCCGUCACGAAAUCCACCGAUAGGUGGGACCACGGUCGUUGUGGAACGGGUAGGGGUUGCAAUUUCCCUCUGGGCAGGUGUCUAGGAGCCUUACACUGGGCGUACACCGAGCGGGAGGAAACAUAAACCCUCACAUCCUUAGCUAAGGUGGUCCACCAGUACUUCCCACUAAGACAAUGCACUGUCCGACCGAUGCCAGGAUGACCAGAGGAGGGUGACGUGUGAGCCCAAUAGAUCAAACGAUCGCGGACCUCCAGCGGGAUGUACACAUGACCCUCUGGACACUGGGGAGGAGUGGGUGCGUUAUGCAACGCCCGCUUGAUGUCCGCAUCCACCUCCCACACCACCGGUGCCACCAGACACGACGCCGGAAGUAUGGGAGUGGGCUCCACGGAACUCUCCUCCGUGUCAUACAGUCGGGACAGAGCAUCUGCCUUAGCGUUCUGGGAACCUGGCCUGUAAGAAAGGGUGAAAACCAAACGGGCGAGAAACAUGGACCACCUUGCCUGGCGAGGGUUUAAUCUUCUCGCCGCCCGGAUGUACUCCAGAUUGCGGUGGUCAGUCAAAAUGAGGGCUUGGACCACAGCCAACAGCUCCCGGUACCCCACAUCAUAGUUGCACUCCGCCAGGCUGAGCUUCUUCGAAAAUAAUGCACAGGGGCGGAGCUUGAGUGGUGUGCCCGAGCGCUGGGAAAGUACAGCACCUAUCCCAGCCUCCGACGCGUCCACCUCAACCGUGAAAGCCAAGGAGGGAUCCGGAUGGGCCAGCACUGGAGCCGAGGUAAACAGGUUCUUCAGAUGACUGAACGCCCUGUCCGCCACAGCUGACCACCGCAGACGCACCGGUCCCCCCUUCAGCAACGAGGUAAUGGGAGCCGCUACCUGACCAAAGCCCCGGAUAAACCUCCGGUAGUAAUUGGCAAACCCCAAAAAUCGCUGCACCUCCUUCACCGUGGUUGGAGUCGACCAAUUACGCAUGGCCGAAAUGCGGUCACUCUCCAUCUUCACCCCAGACGCGGACAUGUGGUACCCUAGGAAGGAGAUGGACUCCUGGAAGAACAGGCAUUUCUCCGCCUUGGCAUACAGGUCAUGCUUCAACAGUCGUCCAAGCACUUUACGCACCAGGGACACAUGCUCGACCCGUGUAGCGGAGUAUAUGAGAAUGUCAUCAAUAUACACCACUACACCCUGUCCGUGCAGAUCCCUGAAAAUCUCAUCGACAUAGGAUUGGAAGACUGAUGGAGCAUUCAUCAACCCGUAUGGCAUGACGAGGUACCCAUAGUGUCCUGAGGUAGUACUGAAUGCUGUCUUCCACUCAUCUCCCUCCCGGAUACGCACCAGGUUGUACCCGCUCCUGAGAUCCAAUUUCGUGAAGAAGCGCGCCCCGUGCAAUGACUCCGUCAUACAAGCUAUCAGAGGUAAUGGAUAGCUGUACUUGACGGUGAUCUGAUUAAUACCACGGUAAUCAAUGCACGGGCGUAACCCACCAUCCUUCUUCUUCACGAAAAAGUAACUUGAGGAAACAGGUGAAGUGGAAGGCCGAAUGUAUCCCUGUCUCAGAGAUUCGGAGACAUAUGUUUCCAUAGCCGCCUUCUCCUCCUGUGACAGAGGGUACACGUGACUCCGGGGAAGUGCAGCGCCCAACUGGAGAUUUAUCGCACAAUCCCCCGGACGAUGGGGUGGUAAUUUAGUCGCCCUCUUUUUACUGAAGGCAAGAGCCAAAUCGGCAUACUCGGAAGGAAUGUGCAUUGUGGAGACCUGGUUUGGACUCUCCACCGUAGUAGCCCCUAAGGAAACCCCUACACACCUCCCUGAGCACUGACUGGACCAUCCCUUGAGAGCCCUCUGUUGCCAUGAAAUAGUGGGGUCAUGAGUGGUUAACCAGGGAAGUCCCAACACCACAGGAUACGCAGGAGAAUCAAUCAGAUAGAGACUAAUCCUCUCCUCAUGACCCCCCUGCGUCCUCAUUAAGAGUGGUGCGGUGAUCUCCCUGAUUAGGCCUGACCCUAACGGGCGACUAUCUAAUGCAUGUACAGGGAAGGGCACAUCAACACGAACAGUGGGAAUCCCUAAACUAAGUGAAUACUGACAAUCAAUAAAAUUCCCAGCUGCGCCUGAUUCUACUGGCGCCUUAUGCUGGGAAUGUGGAGAAAACUCUGGGAAAACAACCUCAAUACACAGAUGACCAACAGGGAGCUCUGGGUGAGUCGGGUGCUUACUCACCUGAGAUGGUCGACCAGUGCUCUGCCUACUGCCUCGACUCCCUGCGAACCCUCCCCAGCACCGACCAGCAGUGUGUCCUCUGCGGCCACAGUUGGUACAGGGGACGGGCCCUCUCCUGGUCUCCCUAAGCGCAGCACCUCCGAGCUCCAUGGGGGUAGGGACGGAGGUGCUGGGGGAUGAGAUGGACGGGCCCUGAUCAGAACGUCCGCGGGUUUCCAACAGGUUAUCCAGCCUGAUGGACAUCUCCACCAGUUGGUCCAGGUUGAGGUUGGUAUCCCUGCAGCCCAGUUCCCGACGAACGUCCUCCCUUAGGCUGCAUCGAUAGUGGUCGAUCAGGGCCCUCUCAUUCCAUCCUGCGCUGGCUGCCAGAGUCCUGAACUGCAGCGCAAAAUCCUGGGCGCUCCUCCUCUCCUGUCUUAGGUGGAACAGACGCUCGCCCGCCGGGUCUGGCGGGUAAAAUCCUUGUAGCGGACAGAUGUAGCGUCAAUUCCUCCCCACUCGGCGUUUGCCCACUCGAACGCCUUCCCCGACAGACAGGAGAUGAGGGCGGACACGCUCUUGUAUCCCGAGGGCGCCGGGUGAAUGGUUGCCAGGUAGAGCUCUACCUAGAGAAGAAAACCCUGACACCCGGCUGGUGUACCGUCAUAUGCCCUCGGGAGCGAGAGCCGAAUCCCACUGGACCCAGGUGGCGAAGGGGUGGACAGUGGUAUGGAUGGUUGAGUGAUUGGAGGUGUAGGAAAGCCACCUCUCUCCCAUCGGUCCAUAGUGUUAACCACUCUCUCCAUAGCGGUGCAGAGAGCCUGGAUCAUGCUCUCCUGUCGUUGGACGCGUUCAUCCAUCGAUCCGGACUGACUGGCUGUACCUCCUGACUCCAUACUGGUGCGUGUUUCUGUCACGAGUGUCAGUGUAAUGCGGUGGAUCAAAGUCAGGCGCAGGACACAGAACUCAAUGAAAACGUACUUUACUGAAUAAGUAAAGAAACCAAUACAAAAUACCUCCACACAGGGAGGAACAAACCCACUCACCAAACGACACACGAAACGAAAAAACAAACACGCACAAAACACAAUGGGAGCCACCGGGUUAAAUAGGGAAGGAGUAAUUACAUGAUGGGAAACAGGUGUGUGACAAUCAGACAACAGGUAGAACAUAAAAACAUAGAACAUAGAUCGGCAGCAGCUAAUAUUCCUGUGACGACGAACGCCGAAGCCUGCCCGAGCAAGGAGGAGGGGCAGCCUCGGCAGAAUCCGUGACACCCUCCCAGGCCCACCCAUGGCUGCGCCCCUGCCCAGUCAUGUGAAAUCCAUAGAUUAGGGCCUAAUUAAUUUUUCAAUUGACUGAUUUCCUUAUAUGAACUGUAACUCAGUAAAACCAUUGAAAUUGUUGCAUGUUGCGUUUAUAUUUUUGUUCAGUAUACAUUAUCUGAUGAAAUUGCUUUAGAAAGGGGCACAAGACAGGGAUGUCUUCUCUUCCCCCUCCUGUUUGCACUGACAAUUGAACCACUUGCGGAAAGAAUUAGACAGGACCCAAACAUAACAGGUAUCAGUAUUUGGUGAACAUUAAUAUAAACUAAACUUAUUUGCAGAUGAUCUCCUGAUAUACCUGACCAAUAUUGAAAACGCAAUACCCACCUUGCUAAAAAUAUUUUCAGGAUAUGAAAUUCACGUGGAAAAUAACGAAAAAAUGGCAAUAGGAAAAAGAAAAAGAAUAACUCAUGAUCUAACACAAAAAAUAUAAAAUACUUAGUAUGCUUAAUAAGUGACAACAAACAACAAAUAUAUAAAGAUCACUUAAUCCCAUUACUUAUCAAUAUGAAAGCAGAUCUUAUUAAAUGGAACAAUAAAUCUUACAGGUAGAAUAAACCUCUUCAAAAUGGCAUGGCUCCAAAAGGUUUGAUAUUUAUUCUCGGUAAUACCAAUUACCCCACCGAAGAUAUUCUUUUAAAAAAGUAUACUCAGUCAUAACAGACUUUAUAUGGGCAAAUAAAACUCAUAGAAUAAAAAGGAAAGUUUUACAUCUUCCUAAAUCUGAGGGUGGUUUUAACCUUUCAGACUUGGAAUUGUAUCAACUCACCAUCCAAGGCUUUUACUUGCGACACUUAGUUAAAUGCACUAAAGAGGAACCAUGGCUACAUAUUGAAGAUGCGCAUCCCCAGAAUCUUUUCACUUGUCUAUUUUCAAAGGAUAAAGCUAAGAACAUUAACUUCAAUGUUAAGAACACUAUAACAAUAUGGAUGAAAAUGAAGCGUAUUCUACUAGAACCAAUAUCCCUCCCUAAAAACACAACCCUGUGGAACAACCUCCUUGGAAAACUCACGGCAUAGAAACCAUAAAGGACUUGGUAAUAGGAAAUCCAUUUAUUUCCAUUACAGAAUUAAAAAGCAAUUUUGGACUGACCAAUGGAGAUAUUUUCAAAUACAUGCAACUUAAAAGUUUAAUAUCACGAAAUCUAGAUUUGAAAUCUUUUGGACAUCAGAGCAAUCUUGAGGGAAUUCUAUUUGAGUCAGAAAACGAUAUUCAUAUGAUAGGUAAGGUAUACAAAACCUUGCAGAGAGCCUAUCCAACUGACAACCAUUUUAGAAAAAAAUAUAAACUAUUGGAACCAUGACUUAAAAAUAACUGAUAUUGGCACAAGAUGGAGGGAAUGUUGGAACAAAACUAAUGAAAUUACAGUUAACGGAAUUGUAUGCUUAAUCCAGUAUAAACUAAUGUAUAGAAUGUAUUAUACAAGCGACAAAAUUCACAAAUUCUACAGCACAACGGCAGAGUCAUGUCUUAAGUGUAAAACUAACAAUGACUCAAAAAUCCAUGCCUUCUGGGAAUGCUAUAAAGUAAAAAAGUUAUGGGCGGAGUUAGAAAGUUGGCUGUCAGAAGUAUUACAAUGUAAAUCUGUCUGUCUGCAUAUUUCAAGACAUGGCAUAUGAGGGUGCAUAGAGUUGGGUUGGGCGAUACUUUUCUCCUCAAUCAUCUUUUAAAAAGUUAUACUUAAAAAUGGGAAAUCAACCAAUCUUCCAUCGUUAACACAAUGGAAAGGUCAAAUGCUUUAUUAUCUAAAUGUUGAAAGUGCUUGGACGACGGAGAGAAACAAAAUGGUGCAGUUUGAGGCCAUGUGGCGUAGAGUGAUGCGGGCGCAGGAGAUAGGGGUGUGAGCAGGUGGGUCUGGGCAGGUGUGAUGUCGUUGAUGUUUGUGUGCGUUUUUAUGCUGUCAUUUGUAUGUGUAUGUUUUGUAUUGUUUAGAAAAUAAAAAUAAAUCAAUUGUCGUUGAUUGGUUUUGUGUGACAUUACUUAAAUAGCAAUCUGCUCCUAAACAGACUUCUCUUUAUUUCUCAGAUCUGUAAACGUCUACAUGUAAUUCUUCAUGUCUUCAGGACAACUCUAACUGGCCUUUCUUUCUCUCUCUAACCCUUUCUCUAUGUCCAUCCAUCAGACUGUGUCUCAGUGGCGUAAGGCAGGCUACCAGGAGAUGCCAGAGUACGAGAACUUCCGCCACCUGCUGCAGGCUCCAGCGGACGACGCCCAGGAGAUCCUCCACAGCCGCUUCCCUAUGCCCCGAUACAUAGACACAGAGUUUGGUGGAUCACAGGUACAUACAUUUUAGCGAGUGUAUGUCAACUGUCAAGUCUAUUCAACUUCCUGUAUUGAUGUUCUUGUUGUGUUCUAGGCUCGUUUCCUGCUAUCUAAAGUUAACCCAUCACAAACCCACAACAACAUGUAUGCAUGGGGCCAGGUAAGACUUCUACUGCCUAUUUUCUAUUCUGAUUUUCCCAGGAACUAGAGAAGAUACUAUUAAUAAAAAGGACAUACUGCUAAGGAUGGUGUUUUUAGUAUUGUAUUACAGUGGGGAAAAAAAGUAUUUAGUCAGCCAUCAAUUGUGCAAGUUCUCCCACUUAAAAAGAUGAGAGAGGCCUGUAAUUUUCAUCAUAGGUACACGUCAACUAUGACAGACAAAUUGAGAUUUUUUUUUUACAGAAAAUCACAUUGUAGGAUUUUUAAUGAAUUUAUUUGCAAAUUAUGGUGGAAAAUAAGUAUUUGGUCACCUACAAACAAGCAAGAUUUCUGGCUCUCACAGACUUGUAACUUCUUCUUUAAGAGGCUCCUCUGUCCUCCACCCGUUACCUGUAUUAAUGGCACCUGUUUGAACUUGUUAUCAGUAUAAAAGACACCUGUCCACAACCUCAAACAGUCACACUCCAAACUCCACUAUGGCCAAGACCAAAGAGCUGUCAAAGGACACCAGAAACAAAAUUGUAGACCUGCACCAGGCUGGGAAGACUGAAUCUGCAAUAGGUAAGCAGCUUGGUUUGAAGAAAUCAACUGUGGGAGCAAUUAUUAGGAAAUGGAAGACAUACAAGAUCACUGAUAAUCUCCCUCGAUCUGGGGCUUCACGCAAGAUCUCACCCCGUGGGGUCAAAAUGAUCACAAGAACGGUGAGCAAAAAUCCCAGAACCACACGGGGGGACCUAGUGAAUGACCUGUAGAGAGCUGGGACCAAAGUAACAAAGCCUACCAUCAGUAACACACUACGUUGCCAGGGACUCAAAUCCUGCAGUGCCAGACGUGUCCCCCUGCUUAAGCCAGUACAUGUCCAGGCCCGUCUGAAGUUUGCUAGAGUGCAUUUGGAUGAUCCAGAAGAGGAUUGGGAGAAUGUCAUAUGGUCAGAUGAAACCAAAAUAUAACUUUUUGGUAAAAACUCAACUCGUCGUGUUUGGAGGACAAAGAAUGCUGAGUUGCAUCCAAAGAACACCAUACCUACUGUGAAUCAUGGGGGUGGAAACAUCAUGCUUUGGGGCUGUUUUUCUGCAAUGGGACCAGGACGACUGAUCCGUGUAAAGGAAAGAAUGAAUGGGGCCAUGUAUCGUGAGAUUUUGAGUGAAAACCUCCUUCCAUCAGCAAGGGCAUUGAAGAUGAAACGUGGCUGGGUCUUUCAGCAUGACAAUGAUCCCAAACACACCGCCCGGGCAACGAAGGAGUGGCUUCGUAAGAAGCAUUUCAAGGUCCUGGAGUGGCCUAGCCAGUCUCCAGAUCUCAACCCCAUAGAACAUCUUUGGAGGGAGUUGAAAGUCCGUGUUGCCCAGCGACAGCCCCAAAACAUCACUGCUCUAGAGGAGAUCUGCAUGGAGGAAUGGGCCAAAAUACCAGCAACAGUGUGUGAAAACCUUGUGAAGACUUACAGAAAACGUUUGACCUGUGUCAUUGCCAACAAAGGGUAUAUAACAAAGUAUUGAGAAACUUUUGUUAUUGACCAAAUACUUAUUUUCCACCAUAAUUUGCAAAUAAAUUCAUAACAAAUCAUACAAUGUGAUUUUCUGAAUUUUUUUUCCUCAUUUUGUCUGUCAUAGUUGACGUGUACCUAUGAUGAAAAUUACAGGCCUCUCUCAUCUUUUUAAGUGGGAGAACUUGCACAAUUGGUGGCUGACUAAAUACUUUUUUCCCCCACUGUAUGUACAGGAUAAGCAAGUUGUGUGUGCAAUAAUGACUGUUGAUCUUGGAGGAGCGUAGGGUCCACUGUGGUUCAGCCUGACUCAGCUUAAUGUCGUAAUGAAAGUCAUUAUGUAGCUGGAGAGAGAGAGAGUCCCUGUACCUGUUUGUCAUGGCUUACAGCUGCUACUACUGCUUAUUAGAGGAGACACAUAGAGUAGUGGACCUGUGAAACCUUUCGGGAUAAUUAUUACAUGGACAGUCACACCAACUGAGAUGCACACAAUCCUACUCCUGUUCUUGACUAAUAAUUUUUCUACAACUCCUACUUGUUGUCAGUUUCUUUUACACGAGCAGGUAAAGUCUGCACAAAUUAGUGUAGUCAUCUUACAUUUUUUAGUGGAGAAUGAAGGUGUGACUUCGGUCGGUGCCGUUUUUGUUGUUGGGGGGAGCGUGGCCUUAUUUCUAUUACAGCAUAUUGGAUGACUGUCAUUCAUAUUACAUUCACCCGGCUCAAUGUAACAUCGGUAGGUUUAGGCUACUACAUGAUACUCAGAUUGUUCCUGUACCGGAUGAUCAAGAGGUUGCUACAACCUAGUCUAUGAAUUAAAGUUUACAACGUAAUUGCACAGGUCGAGAUAACAUUUUGAGUAAUCAAGGUGACAGACAGUGACGCAUUCAAUACCGCCUUGCACACUAUUGCCUGCAUCUAGUUGAUCUAGGGUGUAAUUAUUAGUCCAACAGUUGCAAACGAGAGUUUCUAUUGGACAAAUUGAGGUAUGUUUAUCUCCAUUUAAUUCAGUUUGCUUUUGUUUAAGAAUCGGCAGAACGAAUACACCCCUGAUCAUGCGCAAACACAGUUUACUUUCAUAGCAGCCACAUACAAACAUUAUGAUCACUUUGCGCGUUGUAUAAUUCCUUCUUAUAUCUACGCACUCUCCUCCUCUCAUCUUUUCCCUUCACUUGUGGAGUUCAGUGUACAACACAUCAGCUGUCUAUGACCAGGCGAGAAAACCUUUCCAAGCCAAACCUUCGUAUCAUAACCGCUUAUUGCUAUACACAGUCUACAUCAUUGUCACCGUAUUAGCUAACGUCAUAGUCAACAUAGCUACUAUAACUAACGCAUUAGUAAACCCGCUAGCUACAAUCAUGCAGUACAGUGUACAGUCAGCAAGCAGUUUAGCAGUUACACCGGUGGGCCCUGGUGGCAAUAAAUUAAUAAAACCAAAAGCUUACCUUGACUUGGAAGAGUUCCAGUGUUGGAUAGCCAUAGCCAGCUAGCUAACAUAGCAUCCCUCUCAGUUUGAGCCGGGUGUUUGAGUAGGCUAAACUAGCUAGCUGCAUUUGUUAGCUAAAUAAGUAAAAAAAAAUAUAGCUAUCUCUCUCACUCUUGCUUCUCCUUCAUUUUUGAAGAAAUUAGUUUGUUCAAAACUGUUAGACUAUUGUCUUUCUCUCUCUUUGAGUCAACUACUCACUACAUUUUAUGCACUGCAGUGCUAGCUAGAUGUAGCUUUUGCUUUCAGAACUAGAUUCAUUCUCUGAUCCUUUGAUUGGGUGGACAACAUGUCAGUUCAUCCUAUAAGAGCUGUGAUAGGUUGGAGGACGUCCUCCGGAAGUUGUCAUAAUUACUGUGUAAGUCUAUGGAACGGGGUGAGAACUGAGAACCUGUCCUCAUGCUACACUAUGGUGCUACCCUACAGAGUGCUGUUGAGUCUACUGUAGACCUUCUUUGCAAAACAGUGUGUUUUAAUCAAUUAUUUGAUGACAUUAAUAUAUUUAGUAAAGUUUUAUUAAUUUUAUUUAAUGUUUCAUUAUUUUUAUGAAAUUCCUUCUCUGAGGAGCCUCUAGGGCAGGGUUCUUCAAUUCCAUUCCUGGAGGGCCGAAACACUUCUGUUUUUUAUUUCUACCUGGUAGUUAAUUGCACUCACCUGGUGUCCCAGGUCUGAAUUAGCCCCUGAUUAGAAGGAGAGGAUGAAAAACAGGGGUGUCUCGGCCCUCCAGGACCGGAAUUGAAGAACCCUGCUCUAGGGUGUAACUACUUUCCAAGAUUAUAUAACUGAAUUCCACUCUUGUCCUCUCUGUGUGUAGGAGUCGGGAGCCCCCAUCCUGACAGAUGACGUCAGUCUACAGGUGUUCAUGGACCACCUGAAGAAGCUGGCUGUGUCCAGUGCUGCCUGA